UCGCACCUCACUAACGAUCGACGUCUUGGUUUCAGUCUCGGGGAUUAUGACUUGAAACAGUUUGAAAAUAGAUAUUUUUUAAAAGAAUAUACAUAUAUCUAUAUCUAAACGCACCAUACGGUACAGAUAUAUGUAUACGUUCGCAGCCAUUUCGUUCGCUUAGAGUCCCGCACACACGCAAAUAUAUAUAGAACGUCGAAAGGAUAACGCAAUUUCGACAAUUUAAAGAAGCGACCAAAGAGAGAUAAAUAUAUAUAGAAGUAUAUCAAGUGAAGAAGCAAAUCAAAGAAAGAGUGAUCGCGAGGUGUUCAAUUCUACAGUGCAGUUCAUUCUGCAGCGAUUUGGUUGUCAUUUUAAAUGAUAUAUAGUGAUAUAUAACGCAUCAAAAUGCAACGACAAAAUCCGAACCCGUACCAACAGCAAAACCAGCAGCAGCAGCAGCAACAGCAGGUGCAGCAGCAAUACUCCACCCAGGAGUACUCGCACUCUAGCCAGGAGCAGCACCAGCAGCAAAGGAUUAGCCGCACCGAGCAGCAUGUCCAGCGCAGCCAAGUCACCACCCAGCGGCAAGUGCAUCAACAUCAUGGUGGAAGCAUCGGAGGCGCCUAUGUGCCACCUUCGCUGACACACGUGUAUGCCCAGGGCGACAUCUCGCCGCCCGUCUUUGAGCAAAUCUUUAAGAACGCUCGCUUCGCCCAGGGUGGCAACGCCCUGUUCGAGGGACGCCUGCGUGGCAACCCGAAGCCAUUCGUAACCUGGACCCGGAAAGGCGCACCCCUUCUCGAGUCGCAGAAGUUCCGAAUGAGCUACAAUGAGGCCACCGGCGAUGUGUCCUUGCUGAUCAACCAGAUCGGACCCGGAGACGAGGGCGAGUACACGUGCACGGCCCGUAACCAGUACGGCGAGGCCAUCUGCAGCGUCUACAUCCAGCCGGAGGGAGCACCCAUGCCCGCCCUGCAGCCCAUUCAGAAUCUGGAGAAGAACAUCUACUCCAAUGGAUAUUCGUACACCUCUAUUGAGGAAGAGUUCCGUGUGGAUACUUUUGAGUACAGGCUGCUCCGCGAGGUCUCGUUCCGUGAGGCUAUCACCCGUCGUUCUGGAUACGAGCAGGACUCCCAGCUCUCCCAGGAGUUGGACCGCAACCAGGGUCCUGCCCAGGCGCCGCAGAUAUCGCAGAAGCCACGCAGCUCCAAGCUGAUCGAGGGAUCCGAUGCCGUUUUUACGGCUCGUGUGGGCUCUAACCCGAAGCCCCGCCUGACCUGGUUCCAUAAUGGCCAGCGUUUGGUGGCCUCGCAGAAAUACGAGAUCACUUACUCGAGUGGAGUGGCAACGCUCCGUGUGAAGAAUGCCACGGCUCGCGAUGGCGGUCAUUACACUCUGCUCGCCGAGAAUCUGCAGGGCUGUGUGGUUUCAUCCGCCGUGUUGGCCGUGGAACCCGCUGCGGAAACGGCCUACGAGCCUAAACCCGUGGACGCAACGGCCGAGCAAUUGGAGGCUGGUAAGGCAUUGCCGCCAUCUUUUGUGAAAGCCUUUGGAGAUCGCGAGGUCACCGAGGGUCGCAUGACCAGGUUCGAUUGCCGUGUUACUGGCAAUCCUUACCCCGAGGUCUUUUGGCUGAUCAACGGCCGCCAAGUCCGCGACGAUGCCUCGCACAAGAUUCUGGUAAACGAAUCUGGCAGCCACUCGCUGAUGAUCACCAAUGUGUCCCGUCUGGAUGCCGGAGCUGUCCAAUGUCUGGCCCGCAACAAGGCCGGUGAAGUGGCUAUCGAGGCGCAGUUUAAUGUGCUGGAGAAGGAACAGGUUGUCGCACCACAAUUUGUCCAACGUUUCAGCACCAUGACUGUGCGCGAAGGCGAGCCGAUCACCAUGAGUGCCAAUGCCAUUGGAACCCCGCAGCCGCGUAUCACCUGGCAGAAGGACGGCGUCCAGAUCUCGUCCACCGCCGAGCGCUUCGUGGGCAUUGACGGUGGAGCCACUUGCCUGGAGAUUCCGCGCGUAACUGCCGCCGACGCUGGAUGGUAUCAAUGUACCGCCCAGAACAUCGCUGGAUCAACCGCUAACAGGGCUAGGUUGUAUGUCGAAGUUCCUAGGGAACAACCAAGCUAUGAGCAACGUCGUCUCAAUCUCCCGAGACCAACGAAAGUCAUCGAGCCAGAACCCAUUCCUGGCCCUGAAAUCAUCUACCUGCGCCAUGUAGAGCGCGCUAAGCCCCAUCUGCGACCUGGUGAGGAGGAUCGCGUUUAUCCGCCACCCCAGUUCAUCAUCCCGCUGCAGAAUGUGCAGCAGACCGAAGGUGGCCGCGUCCACAUGGAGGCCCGCAUCGAACCAGUCGGUGAUCCGACUAUGGUCGUUGAGUGGUACCUUAAUGGACGUCCGCUGGCAGCCAGUGCCCGAGCCACUUCGGUCUUCAAGUUUGGCUUUAUCGCUCUGGAUCUGCUGAGCAUCAUGGGCCACGACUCCGGAGAGUACAUGUGCCGCGUGAGCAACGCCAGUGGAGUGGCCGAAUCCCGCGCCAUUCUGUCCGUGGUGCAGCGUCCUUCCAUCGAGCAGUCGUCGCAGAACCCGAACAGUCUGCAGUACAUCAGCCAAUUGGAAGACUACUCUCGCUACCAGCGCACUGAGAGCAUCGACGAGCAGCUAAAUCAGGCGCCGCAGUUCAUCCGUCCGCUCCGCGAUCUCGGAGAGUUCGAGGAGGGCAAGAACGUGCACUUUGAGGCUCAGGUUACACCUGUUAAUGAUCCCUCCAUGCGAGUGGAGUGGUACAAGGACGGACUGCCCAUUACGGCCAGCUCCCGCAUCACCGCCAUCUUCAACUUCGGCUACGUCUCCCUUAACAUCUUGCACCUGAGGGCCGAAGAUGCUGGCACUUAUACCGUGCGAGCGGUGAACCGUAUUGGAGAAGCCAUCAGUCAGUCCUCAAUUCGCGUUCAUUCGCGUUCCCAAGUCACUGCUGAUCUGGGAAUUCCAGAGCAGCAGCGUUAUAUCGAGAAGGUGGAGGAACUGGAGGACUAUCGUAAGUCCCAGCAGCGCCGCCAUGUCCAGGAGGCUGCCGAGGCUAUUGCCCCGCCUCAGUUCAAGACACCGAUCCAGAACCAGUUGGAUCUGCGCGAGCACGCGCAUGCGCACUUCGAGGCUAGGUUGGAACCCAUCGGAGAUUCCACCAUGCGGGUGGAAUGGCUGAAAGAUGGACAGCCUCUGGAGGCUAGUUCCAGAAUCACCACCUACCACAACUUUGGCUACGUGGCUUUGACCAUUAAGCAGCUGACCAUCUAUGAUGCCGGCAUCUACACCUGCCGUGCCUACAAUGCCAUGGGCCAGGAUACCACCGCUGCCCAGCUGACUGUGAUCUCCAAGAACGAAAUCGUCUCGGAGUCCCAGCACCCGGGAGGUCUGCAAAAGAUUCAGCAUCUGGAAGAUUCAUCGCGCUACGGGCGUCGUGAAGAGGAGGAGACUUACGUCACGCAGGCUCCCCGCUUCCUUGGUCCUCUGAAGGGCACCACCAAAAUUCUCGAGGGCCAGCGCGCUCACUUUGAGGCUCGCGUUGAGCCCCAGAGCGAUUUGGGUCUAGUGAUCGAGUGGUACCACAACGGUCGCUCCAUCACCGCCGCUAACCGAAUCCAGACCUACUACGACUUCGGCUAUGUUGCCCUGGACAUUUCCCAGGUGCGCGCCGAGGAUGCUGGCGUCUACCUCGUGGUGGCCAGGAACAAGCUAGGUGAAGCUCAGCAGCAAGCAACGAUGAUAGUGGAAACUCGUUCCAGUAUCGACACAUCUAGCAUGCACCGCGGCCUGUACGAGAAGACCCAAAACUUGGAGAACAAGCCAUUCGUGGAGCCUCAGUACGACAUCGAGGAGAUCUCCAAGUCCAAACCGGUGUUUGUCACUCCCCUGAGCGAUCCCAAGCCCAUCCACGAUGGCAAGAACAUCCAUCUGGAGUGCCGCUUGGAGCCGAUGGGUGAUCCCACCAUGCGCGUCGAGUGGUUCCACAACGGACGUCCCGUUACUGUGGGUUCCCGUUUCCGCACCUACUAUGACUUUGGCUUCGUGGCCUUGGAUAUCAUUAAGGCAACGGCUGCGGAUUCUGGCGAGUACACUGUUAGGGCAACCAACCACUUGGGUACAGCCCACACCUCAGCCUGCGUGCGCGUGAUUGAUCACACGGAUGUUGUUACUGAAACCCAGAACGAGCAAUCUCUUGAGCAGAUCCAACUGCUUGAGGACUCGCGACGCCGCCACCAUCAGGAGGAAGAUAUCACCAUUAUGCAAGCACCCCAGUUCACCAGGGGUCUGCACAACAUCGAAACCAUUGAGGGUACCAAUGUGCACUUAGAGUGCCGUCUGCAGCCCGUGGGAGAUCCCAGCAUGCGCAUCGAGUGGUUCGUGAAUGGAAAACCUGUAAAGACAGGUCAUCGCUUCCGUCCUGCCUAUGAGUUUGACUAUGUGGCCUUGGAUCUGCUUGGCUGCUAUGCCGUCGACUCUGGUGUUUACACCUGCCAGGCCAGAAACCAACUUGGUGAAGCCGUCACCUCCUGUUCCGUGCGCAUUAUCGCAAAGAACGAUCUGAUUUUGGAGACCCAGAACGAAUCCGGUCUGCAGAAGAUCCAAUACUUGGAGGACUCGACCCGUCAUCGUCGCAGUGAGUUCGUCGACGAGGUGAUCAACAUUCGUCCGCGCUUCCUUACCCACCCCAAGAGCUUGACCAACACCCGUGAGGGUGGUCACGCCCACUUUGAAUGCAAGAUUGAGCCUGUUACCGAUCCUAACCUGAAGGUGGAGUGGUUUAAGAACGGCCGUCCCAUCACCGUGGGUCACCGCUUCCGUCCCAUCCAUGAUUUCGGUUACGUGGCUUUGGACAUCGUGCAUUUGAUUGCUGAGGAUUCGGGUGUAUACACUUGCAGGGCUGUUAACCUGAUUGGAUCUGACGAGACCCAAGUGGAGCUGCAAUGCCGCAGCGGUGAGCAGAUUGUGACUGUCACCCAGAACGAGGCUGGCUUGGAGCAGAUCCACUACCUGGAGGAUCGCUCGCGCUAUAGCCGCCGUGAGGAAAUCGAUGAGAGCACCAAGCAGGCUCCAGUUUUCACCACUUCCCUGAAGAACGUUGAGAUCAAGGAAAACCAGCGAGCUCAUUUCGAGUGCCGCCUGAUUCCCGUAUCUGAUCCGUCGAUGCGCGUGGAGUGGUACCACAACAAUCUCCCACUGAAGUCUGGUUCUCGUUUCACUGAGACCAACAACUUCGGCUUUGUGGCCUUGGAUAUUAUGUCCACUCUGCCCGAAGAUGCCGGCACUUACACCUGCCGUGCCUUCAACGCCGUGGGAGAGGCCAUCACCUCUGCUGUGGCGGUCGUGCACACCAAGAAAUCCAUUUAUCUGGAGUCGCAGCACGAGACCGCUCUGCCACGUCUGCAGCAUUUGGAGGAUGGUUCCAAGCGUCAGCGUAUCAGCGUUCAAGAUGAGUUUGUGUCCCAGGCUCCCGUCUUCACCAUGCCGGUGAGGGAUGUCCGUGUGGCUGAGAACCAGGCCGUGCACUUUGAGGCUCGCCUGAUCCCAGUGGGAGACCCCAACUUGAAGGUGGAGUGGCUGCGUAAUGGUCAACCCAUCGAAGCAUCGAACCGCACCACCACCAUGCACGACUUCGGUUAUGUAGCCCUCAACAUGAAGUAUGUGAAUCCCGAAGACUCCGGCACCUACACUUGUCGGGCUGUCAACGAGCUGGGCCAGGCAGUGACCUCCGCCUCGCUUAUUGUCCAAUCAAAGACGUCCAUUCAGCUGGAGACCCAGCACGAGGCCGCCAUGCAUAAGAUCCACCAGUUGGAGGAUCACAGCAGGUACCAGCGUAGGGAGGAGGAGGAGUACACGGUGACCACCGCUCCGGUGUUCGUUACCAAGCUGAUUGGUCCCAGCAAUCUGGUCGAGGGUCAGAGUGCCCACUACGAGUGCCGCAUUGAGCCCUACCCAGAUCCCAAUCUGAAGGUGGAGUGGUUCCACAAUGGAAAACCCCUCAGCACUGGUCAUCGCUUCCGUACUACCUACGACUUUGGAUUUGCCGCCUUGGACAUUCUGACCGUUUACGCAGAGGAUAGCGGCGAGUACACUUGCCGAGUGACCAACAACCUGGGUGAGGCUGUCAACUCGAUUGUUUUGAACGUCUCUUCGCGCUCAUCCAUCAUCCAUGAGACCCAGCACGAGGAGGCUUUGACCAAGAUCCAGCAUCUGGAAGAUUCUUCGCGCUUCCAGAGGAAGACCGACGAGGAGCAGUUCCAUGCCGAACGUCCUCAGUUUGGACGCCCACUGCGUAAUGCCAAGGUCAACGAGGGAACUCCCGUCCAUCUGGAGGCCACUUUGAUCCCUGUGAAUGAUCCCACUAUGAAGGUGGAGUGGUACUGCAAUGGUAGACCUAUUCAGACUGGUCACCGUUUCAAGACCACCUACGAUUUUGGCUUCGUGGCGUUGGAUAUUCUGUAUGCCCAUGCCGAAGACACUGGCACCUACAUGUGCAAGGCCAAGAACGCCAUUGGAGAAGCUGUCACGACUUGUGCUGUAAACGUAACAGCAAACAAGACACUCGACCUGGACACCUUGGAUGCUCAGCGUCUGGAGAAGAUUCGCCAGCUAGAGAACUAUGCUCCUCCCACUAAGCCCGUGGUGGAGGAGAAGGGCCAGAAGCCCAUUUUCCUUACUCCGCUGAGCAACCUGGAACACCUUAAGGAGGGCGAACACGCCCACUUGGAGUGCCGAGUGGAACCGAUCAACGACCCCAACCUGAAAAUCGAGUGGUUCUGCAACGGCAAGCAACUGCCUACAGGCCACCGUUACCGCACCACCCACGACUUCGGCUACGUCGCUUUGGACAUCCUUUAUGUCUAUGGCGAGGAUACCGGCACCUACAUCUGUAAGGCCACUAAUCAGCUGGGUGAGGCUGUAAACACCUGCAAUGUUCGCGUUUUGAACCGUCGAAGCAUGAUUCUGGAUACCCAGCAUCCCGAUGCUCUGGAGAAGAUCCAGAAGCUGGAAUCGAAGGUGCCUAACGCCCGUACCGAGGUUGGAGAUGCUCCUAUUAGUCCUCCUCAUUUCACCGCCGAACUUCGCGGCUCAACUGAGAUCUACGAAGGACAGACGGCUCACUUUGAGGCCCAGGUCGCUCCAGUUCACGAUCCCAACUUGCGCAUUGAGUUCUAUCACAAUGGCAAGCCUUUGCCCUCGGCUUCUCGUUUCCACAUCACCUUUGACUUUGGAUACGUUUCUUUGGACAUCACCCAUGCUGUGGCCGAGGACGCCGGAGAAUAUUCCGUUCGUGCUGUUAACGCUUUGGGACAGGCUGUCUCGUCUACUAAUCUGCGCGUAAUUCCGCGUGGUACCAUCAUUUCGGAUACCCAGCAUCCCGAGGGUCUGGAGAAAAUCCGCAAGCUGGAGUCGACGGCGCCGCAUCAGCGCCAGGAGCCAGAGACGCCUGGAACACGCCAGCGUCCGGUGUUUACUCAACCUCUUCAGAACAUCGACAGGAUCAAUGAGCACCAGACGGCUCACUUCGAGGCGCGCUUGAUUCCUGUUGGAGAUCCCAACCUGAAGGUAGAGUGGUACCGCAACGAGAAGAUUAUCGAGGACAGCUCGCGUAUCACCAAGCAGCACGACUUUGGAUUCGUCUCCCUCGAUAUUUCGCACAUCCGCAAGGAGGACGAGGGCGUGUACAUGUGCCGCGCAGUCAAUCCUCUGGGCGAGGCUGUAACCACCGCUUCUAUGCGCGUGGUGUCCGAGGCCAGCAUCCAGAUGGAUACCCAGCAUCCAGACAGCAUUAGCCGAAUCCACCAGCUGGAAAAACCAGUGGCCCCACGACCAAGCGAGCCUGAGCGUCUCUUUGAGAAGCCCAUCUUCACUCAACUGCUCACUGGCCCGUCGGAGCUGUGGGAAGGUGCUCAUGCCCACUUCGAAGCACGUGUCGUGCCUGUGGGUGAUCCUUCGCUUAAGUUCGAGUGGUUCAUCAAUGGAGUGGAGCUGCAAAUGGGCUCCCGCCUGCGCACCACCCACGACUUUGGCUUCGUCACUUUGGACAUUACUGCCGUGGUGCCAGAGGACGCUGGUGUCUACAUGUGCCGUGCUUACAACGCCGCUGGUGAGGCUGUGUCCUCCACUGCUAUGAAGGUUAAGACCAAGUCUAACAUCGAUGGUCAGCCUUUGAUUCCGGAGUCUUGGGAAGCUAUUAGGCUGAAGGAGGCUGCCAUGAACCGCGUCCCAGAAAUGUUUGUGGACUCAACACCCCAGCAGGCUCCAGUGUUCACCACCCAUCUGCAGAGCUACGACAAGCUGCAUGAGGGUCAGCACGUCCUCUUGGAAGCCCAAGUGGAGCCACGUGCCGAUCCAAACCUUCGCAUUGAGUGGUUCAAGAAUGGUAUUUCUCUGACCACUGGAUCCCGCAUCCGCAGCACCUUCGACUUCGGACUGGUCACUCUGUCCAUCAACGGAUUGCGUGCUGAUGAUUCGGCUAUUUACACCUGCAAGGCCACUAACCAGGUUGGAGAAGCUGUCUCGACUUCCUCUCUCAAGAUCGAAGAUCGUCACUGGCUUCAGGCUGAAUCCUUGCAUCCGGAUUCAUUGCCUCGCAUUGGUGAGUUGGAGGCACCCAAGGAGGGACGUCCUGAGGCUCCAGAGCCGACUUACGAGACUCCUGUGUUCAUCACUCAUCUGAACAACAUCGAGUGCAAGGAGAGCGACAACGUGCGCUUCGAGUGUAAUGUGGAGCCUGCUCGUGAUCCCACCAUGUCUAUCGAGUGGUUCUACAACGGACAGCCACUGCAGGCCGCUGCCAAGUUCAAGUCCAUCUAUGACUUUGGCUACUGCGCUUUGGAUCUGACCAACUCCUAUGCUGAGAACAGUGGUGUGUACACCUGCAAGGCCACCAACAGCAAGGGAUCUGCUACCACCUCAGGCACGCUCAAGUGCACUGGUGGCAAGACCAUGUUCCUCGACACCCAGCAUCCGCAGGGUGAGGCCGGUCUUGAGGCUGUUCAGGAAACCGAGGAGGAGCUAGCCAAUCGCUAUACCAGCAAAUCUACCAAGCCUGAGACCCAAUAUCCACCACCAGUAUGGACCAAGCCACUGCAGGCCGAAUUCCAUCUGUCGGAAGCUCAACCCAUCCAUCUGGAAGCCAACGUAGAACCCAAGGAGGAUCCGAACUUGUUCAUCGAGUGGUACUUCAAUGGCAAGAUGCUGCAGCACGGUUCUCGUUUCAAGAUGACCAGCGAGUUCGGCUUCGUUACCAUGGACAUGAUCGAGGUCUAUGCCCGUGACCAGGGCAUUUACACCUGCAAGGCUUAUAACAAGGCUGGAGAGGCCUUCACCUCAACCACCAUCUUCUGUUCGAGCAAGGAGAACAUUAUCGAUUCUACCCAGCACCCGAAGGGAGCUGAGGGCUUGGAACAGAUCCAGGAUCUGGAAGACUCCCUGCGCAAGGAUGGCUCUAAGCCAGAGCAACCGGAUCUGGGUAUCCCACCACGCUUUACCACCGAGUUUGUUAACAUCGCAGACAUUGGUGAGGGUGAGUUGGCUCACUUUGAGGCUAAUCUUAUUCCUGUCGGCGACCAAAGCAUGGUCAUCGAGUGGUUCUACAAUGGCAAGGUGCUGGAAGCCAGCCACCGUGUGCGUACCAUUUACGCCUUCGGUACAGUCGCCUUGGAGGUUCUUGGAACCAAGAUCGAGGACACGGGCACCUACACUUGCCGCGCCACCAACAAGCAUGGAACCGCUGAAAUCAGCUGCAACCUUGAGUGCGUGGACAAGCCAAGGGGCCAGAAGCCGCGCUUUACAUCCCACAUCCAGCCGCUGCAGGGCCUGAAGGACGGUCAAUCCGCUCAUUUCGAGUGCACUCUGAUCCCAGUCAACGACCCGGAACUGAAGGUGGAGUGGUACCACAAUGGCAAGCUGAUGCGUCACUCCAACCGCAUCAAGACCGUGUCCGACUUUGGAUACGUCGUCUUGGACAUUUCCUAUCUGCAGGAUCAUGACAGCGGAGAAUAUGUUUGCCGGGCUUGGAACAAGUACGGCGAGGACUUUACCCGCACCACUCUCAAUUGUGGAGGCCGUGGAGGAGUCUUCUAUGACAGUUUGCAGCCUGAUUCGUUGCAGAGGAUCCGGGAGUUGGAAUGCCCUCAAGGACAACAGACAGAUACUUCCGCUCCUCUGGUCGCUGAGCCACCCAAGUUCAUUACCCAGAUCGUGGAUGUAACCAAACUGGUGGAGGGACAGUCUGCUCACUUUGAGGCACGUUUGACUCCCAUCACCGAUCCCGAUUUGGUGGUGGAAUGGUAUUUCAAUGGAAAGAAACUGCCACAUGGUCACCGUUUCCGAACCUUCCAUGACUUCGGAAUCGUCAUCCUGGAUAUCCUGUACUGCUACGAGGAGAACUCCGGAGUAUACGAGGCCAGGGCUCACAAUAAGUAUGGCGAGGAUGUCACCCGUGCUACGCUUAAGUGUGCCUCGAAGGCAAGCCUUAUCCUGGACUCCCAGCUGCCGCGAGGCAUGGAAGGUGGUCUGGAGAAGAUCGCCAACCUGGAGUACAGCAUGGUCCGCACUCGCGAAGAGACUACUGAAGAGACCAAGGGCAAGGCUCCUGUAUUCACUGUGCCGCUGGAGAACAUCGACAAUCUGCGCGAAGGUGAGAAUGCCCACUUCGAGGCCAGGAUUACCCCAGCCGAUGAUCCCAAGUUGAAGGUCGAGUGGUACUGGAACGGUCGUCCAUUGAAGGCCGGUUCUCGUUUCCGUACUUUCUGCGACUUUGGAUUCGUCAUUCUGGAGAUUUCUCCUGUAUAUCCCGAGGAUUCCGGCGAGUACUCUUGCCGUGCAAGCAACGAGUAUGGUGAGGCUGUGACCACUGCCACAAUGAAGAUCCAAGGUAAGCGCAGCAUCAUCAUGGAAUCUCAGCUGCCUAAGGGAAUGGAGGGAACAAUCGAUCGUAUCGCCGAACUGGAGGGACUUGGCUCCCGCAGCACCGAAUUUGUGCCAGAUGACGAUACUGGCAAGCCACCAGAGUUCAUCACCUCACCAUUCGACAUGGUCAUCGGCGAGAAUGCUCUGGCUCACUUUGAGUGCCGUCUCCAGCCGAUCAACGACCCAUCGAUGCGUGUGGAUUGGUUCCACAAUGGCAAGGCCUUGUGGGCUGGCUCCCGUAUCAAGACCAUCAACGAUUUUGGCUUCGUAAUUCUCGAAAUUGCCGGUUGCUAUCAACGCGAUUCGGGAUUGUACACUUGCAAGGCCACGAACAAGCAUGGUGAAGCCACCGUCUCUUGCAAGUUGCAGGUCAAGGGUCGUCAGGGCAUCGUUAUGGAGCCCCAGCUGCCCUCGAACUUCCGCACUGGCACUGAGAGCCUGCAGAAACUGGAGGAGAGCAUGCACAAGCGUGAGGAGCUUGUUAUCGAUGACGAACAGCCAAAUCCACCCAAGUUCACCGAAGACAUUAAGGACAAUCUGGAUGUGCCCGAAGGUGGCCCCAUUCACUUUGACUGCCGUGUUGAGCCUGUGGGCGAUCCUACCAUGCGCAUUGAAUGGUUCUACAACGGUCAUGUCAUGGCUACUGGAUCAAGGGUCCAUCAGCUCAAUGACUUUGGCUUUAUUGCUUUGGAUGUUGACUACAUCUAUGCUAGGGACUCUGGAGAGUACACUUGUCGCGCUACCAACAAGUGGGGCACUGCCACCACCACCGCCAAGGUCACCUGCAAGGGUAAACACAAUAUUGUGUAUGAAUCGCAGCUGCCCGAAGGCAUGACCUCCGAAAAGUUGAAGGAAUUGGAGCGCGGACGCAUCCCAGAGGCCCCGAAAGUGGUUGAGGAGGAGUUUGGACCACCAAAGUUCACCACGCAGAUCACUUCGGUGACUGUCGAUGAAGCCGAGGCCGUGCGAUUUGAGUGCCAGGUGGAACCCAAGACGGAUCCCAGCCUGCGCGUGGAAUGGUACCGCAAUGGCAAGCCCCUGCCUUCUGGACACCGUUACAGGAACAUCUUUGACAUGGGCUUUGUUUCCUUGGAUAUCCUAUACGUUUACGGAGAGGACUCCGGAGAGUACGUGUGCCGUGCCAUCAACAAUCAUGGCGAAGAUCGCACAAGGGCCACAGUGUCCUGCAAGAAACUGCCAACUAUCUUGCUCCAGAACCAAGUGCCUCGCGGCAUGAAGCGUUCGGAUGCUCUUACCCAAAUGGAAGCCACCAUCAAGAAGUAUACCUCUGAGGUGCAUUUGACCGAGGAUGAUCUCUUCGAUCCCGAUCGCAAGCAGCCUCCUCGUUUCGUCACCCAGAUCAAAGAACAGCUCACUCUUACCGAGAUGGCAGUGACCAAAUUCGAAUGUCAGUUGGCUCCUGUGGGAGAUCCUAACAUGAAGGUCGAGUGGUUCUUCAAUGGCAAGCCCUUGCUGCACAAGAAUCGCUUCCAGCCCAUCUACGAUUUCGGUUAUGUGGCCAUGAACUUCGGCUGGGUUUAUCCCGAAGACAGUGGAGAGUACGUGUGCCGUGCCACUAACUUGUAUGGCAAGGAUGAGACACGUGCCUUCAUUAAGGUUUCUGGCAAGCCAGGCAUUGUCUACGACUCCCAACUGCCCGCUCACAUGCAGAGCAUUGACCGCAUCCGCGAAAUGGAAGCCUCAUGGCAGGUGGUUCCCGACGAGGUUGAUCCCGAUGCCAAGCCCAGAACCAAGCCGGUCUUUGUAAGCAAGCUUGAACCCCAGACUGUGGAGGAAGGUGAUUCAGCUAGGUUCUGUGUCCGUGUAACCGGACACCCACGUCCUAGAGUUAUGUGGCUAAUCAAUGGACACACUGUUGUGCACGGCUCCCGCUACAAGCUGACCAACGAUGGUAUGUUCCAUCUGGAUGUUCCGAAGACACGUCAGUACGAUACCGGCAAGGUGGAGGUAAUUGCCCGCAACUCAGUGGGUGAAUCGAUUGCCAGCACUGAACUCAAGGUUGUUGCCCGUUCGGACGACUAUCGUAAUGUGCUAAAGAACUCGCCACGUCGCAUCGUUGGAUCGAAGGACUACCGCAAGCCAGAAUGGGUUUCUCAGAUGGAGGAAAUGCAGGUGGCUCUCAAAGCUGCUAAAUGCUCGCCAUCACUACUUAACGAAAUGCGUGACUGCCGUGCUGCCUUAGGCGAAACAGCCAAGUUUACGAUACAGUUUGCAGGCAACCCGAUACCAGAUAUUCAAUGGUAUUUCAACAACGUUCAGCUUAGGGCAUCUGAAAAGUAUCGCAUGGUAGUGCAGGAACAGGAAGCAACGCUAGAAAUAAUGAAAAUUACAAACGAAGACUGCGGUUACUAUAACUGCAAGCUCAUAAACGAGAUUGGCAUGGCGAUGACUCGCGCCAAGUUCGACAUAUCAUCCACAAGCACCAUAGUCGAGGAGACCAAAGUCAAGACCACUGUCAAGAAGAAGGCCGGCAAAAAAUCCGUAGUGAAGAGAUCCGGGGCCUCAGAAUCACAGACCGUGCAAAAGACAGAAAUCCGAAUUAUUCCAGCCAGCACGGCAGAGACCACAAUGAAUGUGAUCAAAGUAAAGCAACCCGUGUCUAUACUGGUAGAGAAGAGCGAAGUAUCCGAGGUUAUGGAAGUGAAGGAUCGUAAAGUUGCCGAUGCGGAAGAGCGCAGCAGUCAGAUAAUCGAAGAAGUGGAAGAAAUCGAAGAGGUCGAAGAGAUUGAGGAGAAAAUUCAGCAGGAAGAGGAAGAUGAAGUUGAAGUGAAAGUAGAGCAGAAAGAAAGUUACGUAUCUAGCAAAAAGAUAGAAAUAACCAAAACGGUAGAACUUAUUCGCACGAAAAUCAGCCAGAAAAUCAUAACCAUUGAGGACGUUCAAGUGCUAUCGCACCACGAAGAAGUCCAAUGGCUGCUCGAGUCAAUUGAGGCCGAGUCGUUUGGCCAAAUUGGCGAGUCUGCCCUCAGAGAUUUGGCCACGAUUGGACUGCUAUUGCGCUACGGCUGUGAACAUUACGAGAUUACCUAUAUGUAUGAGCAAAACAUUUUCAUAUCCCUGAAGAAACCUGAGUCCCAAUCGGCCCUGGUGCAGCUCGUUGAGCGAGAAGGUCACGAAGAGUUGAUCUCCCAAAUUCUGAGCGAGUCUUCCAAUGAGGACGAGACCAUCCUGGCAGCUACUGUCGGCUUCAAGGCCUUCAUACGCAUGAUCCAGACGUACGAAAUCACCAUUGAGAUCGUCAUACGAAAGUUUGUUAGGGAGGACUUCAUAUCGCAGGACUGGAAGAUUUGUGGAAAGGAGAGAAUAGUAGAGACAUCGCAAAUAAUUGAAAGUCACGAGGCCAUCACGCAUGUGAAAAUAGAGGAAACAUUUGUUGAGGAACGAACGAUAAUUGUCCAAGAAGAAACAGCAACCACAAAAGUGGAAAAACAAUUCAUACAGCAAGAACAAGAUCAUGUGCAAAUACAAGAACAAGUGCAAGUACAGGCUCAGUCUGAACAAAUUGUGCAGAAGAAAACUAAAACCAAAAAGCAUAAAAAACACAUACAACAGGAACAGGAAUAUUCCGAGUCCACAACCAAAUACGAACAAAGAGAAACACUGGCUCACGAAAAAACCACAGGAUCACCGCAGGCAGAAACUCUUGAGCAAAUCGAAGAGCUUCUGCCCGCAUACGAGACACUAUCCACGCAAAAUCUACCGAUAGACACGCUCGAAACAGUCGCAGUUGCAGUCACCACUGAAAUUUCUACACCGAAACCGAUUCCAGCUCAGGUUCAAGACCAGAUACUACCUCAGAAGGUAUUGCCCAUCAAAGAGGAAUGCUUGACUCUCGAUGAUAUUGAAGAGAGGAGGGAUUCUCCCAAGCCGGAAGAGAGCAAGCUCACUGAAAAUGUCGAAGUGAGGCAAAAUUACGCAGUGAGUGUGGCCGAAACGAAGACGGAUGACUCUCCAAGGGAUUUGUUACCAUCAAGAAUACCAAAAUCCGUAAAGGCACAGCGAAAGAUUAAAGAGUCGCGCCCUUUGCUUGUUGAAGGUACAAGCAUAGAAGAAGCUAUCGAGGAUCUCAAGCCGUUGAAGACCGUAGCUCAACAAGCACAUGGAGACAUAUUGUUGUCACAUGAGUUAACCGCAGAACAACAACCUAUACUGGAAACUAUUGAACAGCUAAAAUCUUUAAAAACCACUGAAGAGAUCGUUCAGCAGGAAAUGCUGAAUCAGGAGGAGUUAGUUAUCACCGAAGUAAUGAGUACUGAAACAGUUGGACCAGACGUCAGUCAAGCGAAACCAAUUGGUGAAAAUGUAGCUCCGCAAGUUACUCCUAACAUCAGCCUUGGAAUUAGCGAGUGCCAACCGGAAGACUCUUUGGGCGAGUUGCCACAGGACACCAAGGAGGCUCCAAAGUCAUCUACGACGUCUGUUAUUGAACACAAGGCAGUUAGUGGAAGCGUAACAGAAGUGCUAGAAAGCUUUGAGCAAAUGCCUUCCAAUAUCCAACCGACGCAAGGCAUAGCUGAUUUUACAAUUAAGGCAGAGGAGAUCCCAGUUCAGGUGCAAGAGACCGAACCAUUUGAAAGUUUGGAAGGAGGGGAAGUUACCCAGAAACGAACUGCCGAAACUAAAGUUUUGGAAUUAUUUGAGUUAGCUCAAAGUUUACAGAAUAUCACCGCAGAUUCACAGAGUCCAAUCGAGGAGGCUUUGCCUAUUUUCAAGACAGAUACAAAAGAGGCUUUUAUGGAUAUGCAUACGCAGGAACAUGUCGUUACACUGGAAAUAGUUUCAAAUGAACAGAUUUCAAGGGACUUGAAAGUGGAAGAUAUUCCAGAAACUGCCGAAGGAACGUUGGGGCAAUCAAGUGCAUUGAUUAUUGGCGAAUCGCAGACAACAAACGUGGUUGAAACGGCAGUUGAGCUCACCGAACCUAUUGUAGAACUAACCAAACCUGCAAAGAGCACUUUAACAAAGCCAUACGGAACAGCAGAGAGUAAGGAAGAGGACCUCUUUGAUUCAAUCGGCUUGGUACCAGAAGAUGACAGGAAGACAGCCCAAGGCAAAGUAAUUAUAGCCGAAGCAAGGGUCGUUGCAGAGGUUCAGGCCUCAACCGUGAUUGAAACAGAAGAAGGACUUGUUUCAGCUCUUCCAGAGUUGGUGGAUGCCAAUUUAGAUUUCGUCAAGCAGGCUGCCCUGGAGAUUAAACAGGACACAACUGCGGAGAAGGAAGAGAUCCUGCCCGGUGUUGUAGAGCCGAUACCGCAAUCAGCUACCGAAGGAAUGAUUCCUGCCGAGUUAAAGGUAACAAGCACACUUGAAAUUCAACCAGGCGUAACAUCUUCAGAUAUCAUUGCGGAGAAGAUAACUUCUGCAUCCGCCAAUCAAGUCUUUGAGACGAUGUCAAUUGGAGUUGCAAGUAAGCCCGAUUUAUUAGAGAGUACCAGUCUUAUGGAACACCCACAACAGCCUGAACUCAAAACCGUUUCCAUAGUUCUGGAUGAGAACCAACAAUCAUUGGAUGUGACUAAUGUACAAAUCACAGAGACCAGCACAGAUCUUAUUGAUAUUCAACCCAAUCAGAAGCUUAGCAAAGCCCAAGCUGUCACCGACGUUUUUAAGCAUGCCGAGGGCCUGGAAGUUAUUCCUUUGGAGUCCGCAGUAGAUAGCACUAAAGACAGCAAACCAUUGGAAGUGUUAGCAGAUAUUAGCAUGCCGCAUCAAUUUGGAACAGAUGUUAGGGAGCAGGCAACCUUAGAAAGUAUUCGGCCACGAGAGGAAGAAGUGCAGCCUCAGUUGCAUACAACAGAAGGUCAGUUUGGAUUGCUGCAGCCCCUUGAAACCAGUUCAUGUUUAACCCUAGAGGGGGAAAUCAUUCUAUCAGCUGAUGAGCCUCACUCCACGCAGAGCGCUACUAUUGGAACUUCAGCAGCUUUGCCUGUGGCGAACACCAUUAGACCUCAACAUAUGGAUUCAUUGAACGAACUAGUGGAACAGGAACAGCCUAAACUGCAGGCGCAUGUUAAUAUUGGGGAAAUCAUUCUACCAAACGUUGAGGAAAUCAUUCCCAGUGAAGCCUUAAGCGACUACGAUACACCUGAUUAUAGCAAAGCAUCUGUUGGUAGUAUAAAAUUAAUUGAAAGUACAACAGCUUUGAAGACGUCUACUGCAAUUGCAAGUGAAAGUACAAUGGACUUGAAAGACCAAAAUAUUACACCCCAAAUUCAAGUUAAGCCGAAACUAAAUGAAUCCACCCAGAAAAUCCCUCUCUUAGAACAGAUAGACGUCCUUGUUCAUGUUUCCGAAUUGAACGAAAGUUUACCCAGACAGGAAUCGAUUCAAUCUUCAAUAAAAAGUUUCCACGAGAUAAAUGUUAGAGAAACUGAAGUUUUUGAGAAAGAGGAGAUCCUGAAGGAUAUUAGCCAGCCAAGUGAAAAACUUACAAAAAUAACAUUGGAUUCCACGACGGGCAUAGCACUAGUUCGGCAGGAAGGCACGUUCGAGCAGGAGGAGGAUCUUAAAUCUAAUCCCAUGCAACCGGAGAACGCACGACCAGUGGCUUUAGAGCUCCUUCAGUUGCCUUUAAUUGAAGGCAUCCAAGAAAACCAAAGCACCGGUGACUUGGAGGAUUUCAAUGUAUCGAACAAAUUUGCUUCUCCCAAAGUUGAUAUUUUAAAUGAAACAGGGUUAUCUGAAACGAUUGUUUACGACUCAGUAACAAAGGCACCAGACUCGACUACCCCUGUUAGCCUAAUUCCUCAGAAGUCUAUAGUACCCUAUGAGCAUACAGUAGUCACUGGACACAUUGCAUAUGAUAUAGCUGACAAACUUGAUAGCUUAUCCUCUGAUCAGUUAGCCGCUACUAAGAUUCUGGAUAACCUAAAUCAAUCGAUAAUCGCAGAGGAUCAAAGUGUAUUGGAAUCCGAAAAAACAUUUGAGCCCAAAGCUACCCUAAGCCAGAAAGCCAAAAUCAUGGAUGAUAUCAUAAAUCUACAUGCUAAGCUCGUGGACGAGGCCACACUGUACGAAGGAAUGGGACAACCCCAAGAGACACCUAAACAUAGAGAAUAUCAAGCGGAAAUCACACAUGGGCUCGCUCAAGUUCAUGCUACAGAUCUGCAGCAAACUGUUGAAGCUGAGAAAGAACUAAAGACCCAUGAACAGCCAUCUGCCGUAGCAACGUCCGAUAAUGUAACAUCGCUGCUUGGCGUGGCGGUGACUACGAAAACGCAACCUGUGGAAGAAACUAACUAUAUAUUAACUUCGCCUCUAGAUGCAAUACUUGCUCAAACGAACUAUGAGGGAAGACAACAUGAAGUAAAUGUUUCCGAAACCCAUGCAAUAGAGGAAUCUGAAGAGCUGAAUAAAACAGAUUUAUCAUCUGUUUCCGGUGUCGAGUCCAUCGAUACAAUGUAUAAGGCCACAGCAGAAUCGCAUCAAACUCGAGUUUUCCAAAAGGAGUCAAAUAUACAGUCUGUUCCUACCCAAGACGCUAAAGCAAAACCAUCUGUAGAUCUUCUUCAGAGUACCACAGUAUUGGAUGUGCUCCCAUUAGAAUCUCCCGUACAAUUUGACGAUACUCAGGUUGCUGAGCAGAAGGCUCAUGAAGAGCUAGUCACUGUAGUAGAGUCCAAUAAAGUUCAGGUUCAAACUGAUAACCUUAUAAUGCAAAAGGAAGAUGUCUUAGAUGAAAUGCAAAAGGAGUACUUCGGUAAGCCUUUUAUUGAAGGCUCGCAGCGGGAGACGCUUGUUACUGAGGUGGUACCAAUUGAAAAUGUGGGUUGUAUUGAGUUACCCCAAGAGCCAACUCCAUUCUUAGCUACUUUAACACCUAACGAUAAAAUAAAUCAAUCGCACAUUGUAGAAACACAAGUACCUUUGGAACUGGAAAGUGAAGCUGAUGUCGUUUACGAUGAAAGAGUUCAAGCUAAAAUCAAAACAGAUCAAGUAAGUUUACAUACAACCGUUUCGGAAGUAAAUGCUUACGAAAUAACAAAAGACAUUCAAGACCAAAAAGAGCACGGCUUAUAUGUCAAGGCAUCGAAAAAUACAGAUAUCAACAAGGCACAUUUGACAACCAUACAGUCGACAUUCUUAAAAGAAGACGCCCUACCCCAACUUAAAAUACUAGACGGCACUGCUCAAGUGUCCAAUGUUGAAAAUGAAUCUUUAGUUACUGAAGAAGUUGUGAGCAUGACUUCCAUUCAAGAAGUAUUUGAACUUCAAAUUCCGGCUGAAGAAAAAGCCCACGUAUCUCAGCCAACUCCACGUGAGGCUACAAAGGUUUCUGAACAAAUAACUUAUGAGCAAACUCCCGAUAUUGUGAAUCAGUUUGGUGAAAAAUCUACUACAGCGAUCAGCUCUGUAAAACCAAUUCUUAAUCCAGCGGAGAGUUCAAUUGUAAACGUUUACGAAAACAUUGAAGGUCAUGGUGAUUUUAGGCCAGGUACUGCCAACCUCACGACAGUUACAAAUGUAGUUUCGGAGCUGAAGGUCUCGGAAGUAGAAGAGGUGACUACGACACCAGCCUUGGGCAACCUUGCAAUAGAUGCACCGAAUGAGUUUCGAGCAAUUCCAGAAACAGUCUUACACAAAAACGUUGUUUACAGCGAGGAUCUUCCUUGUGAAGGUGUAAGCCCACUUUUGGAAAACAAAACCCAAAGUUUCGAGCACGCAAAAACGCAGCCAUCUAAUAUGAGAGUUGCACCUUUAACAAACGAGCUACAUGAGAAAGGAACUGUUCAGGAAAUUAUUGACUUUCAAGCUGACAAAAAACCCUUGACACCAUCAAUCACAUCGCAGAGUACGUAUCUCUACCAACAAACAGAAUCACAUAAGCAGGUUAAUACACUAGAGGAAAAGCCACACAAACAUCAGGAUAUUGCAGAAACAAUCUUCGAUACAAAUAAUUCAGUAACAACAGAACAAAUAAACAUUACCACAGCAUCGAGACUGGUUUGCGAACCAACCCUAAUAGAAGGGAACCUUAAAAAUGCCUUACAAACUACACAAUUUGUGUCAGAGUCCACGCUUAAAACACCACAGCUGAUGCCUAAGACUGCACACUUUGAAACAACAACACAUGAAGAAGCACAGCCUUCGACGACUGAGUCACAAGCACCAUUACACAUUUUAAAAGAUGACACUGAUAGCGUUCGGAAGAAAAACACACAGGAUGAUAUUAAGUUAGAGAGUUUAACGAAGAGUUUAGAUAAAAUGGUAAAAUUAGAUUCGGAUACAGAACAAAGCACAGACACAACACACACAGAACAAAAGACACCAACACAAAAAACUGAUUUCUGUGAAACUGAAAUAGCAGAAAUGCCAGAAACCGUAAAAGUUAUUGAAACAAUCUCUGAAAGCGGAAAGCCAACGAAGAAGAAGAUCCGCACUCGCGUAAUCAAGAAGGUCAAGGGUGACAAACAAGAAGUCACCAAGAUUGAAACCGUUGAGGAGGACGACAAGCAACCUGAAACUACUGUGACUGUCGAAGAACUUCCAUACGAAGAGGAGCAACCUGAAGAGAUUCAAGAGCUUCCGGAAGAGGUUUGCGUUGUUGAAACCGUCACCGAAGAGGGCAAGCCAAAGAAGAAGAAGAUCCGCACUCGGGUAAUCAAGAAGGUCAAGGGUGACAAACAAGAAGUCACCAAGAUUGAAACCGUUGAGGAGGACGACAAGCAACCUGAAACCACUGUGACUGUCGAAGAACUUCCAUACGAAGAAGAAAAGCCUGAAGAGAUUCAAGAGCUUCCCGAGGAGGUUCGCGUUGUUGAAACCAUCACCGAAGAGGGCAAGCCAAAGAAGAAGAAGAUCCGCACUCGCGUAAUCAAGAAGGUCAAGGGUGACAAACAAGAAGUCACCAAGAUUGAAACCGUUGAGGAGGACGACAAGCAACCUGAAACCACUGUGACUGUCGAAGAACUUCCAUACGAAGAAGAAAAGCCGGACGAGAUUCAAGAGCUUCCCGAGGAGGUUCGCGUUGUUGAAACCAUCACCGAAGAGGGCAAGCCAAAGAAGAAGAAGAUCCGCACUCGCGUAAUCAAGAAGGUCAAGGGUGACAAACAAGAAGUCACCAAGAUUGAAACCGUGGAGGAGGACGACAAGCAACCUGAAACCACUGUGACUGUCGAAGAACUUCCAUACGAAGAGGAGCAACCUGAAGAGAUUCAAGAGCUUCCCGAGGAGGUUCGCGUUGUUGAAACCGUCACCGAAGAGGGCAAGCCAAAGAAGAAGAAGAUCCGCACUCGCGUAAUCAAGAAGGUCAAGGGUGACAAACAAGAAGUCACCAAGAUUGAAACCGUUGAGGAGGACGACAAGCAACCUGAAACCACUGUGACUGUCGAAGAACUUCCAUACGAAGAAGAAAAGCCUGAAGAGAUUCAAGAGCUUCCCGAGGAGGUUCGCGUUGUUGAAACCGUCACCGAAGAGGGCAAGCCAAAGAAGAAGAAGAUCCGCACUCGCGUAAUCAAGAAGGUCAAGGGUGACAAACAAGAAGUCACCAAGAUUGAAACCGUUGAGGAGGACGACAAGCAACCUGAAACCACUGUGACUGUCGAAGAACUUCCAUACGAAGAAGAAAAGCCGGAAGAGAUUCAAGAGCUUCCCGAAGAGGUUCGCGUUGUUGAAACCGUCACCGAAGAGGGCAAGCCAAAGAAGAAGAAGAUCCGCACUCGGGUAAUCAAGAAGGUCAAGGGUGACAAACAAGAAGUCACCAAGAUUGAAACCGUUGAGGAGGACGACAAGCAACCUGAAACCACUGUGACUGUCGAAGAACUUCCAUACAAAGAAGAAAAGCCGGAAGAGAUUCAAGAGCUUCCCGAAGAGGUUCGCGUUGUUGAAACCGUCACCGAAGAGGGCAAGCCAAAGAAGAAGAAGAUCCGCACUCGGGUAAUCAAGAAGGUCAAGGGUGACAAACAAGAAGUCACCAAGAUUGAAACCGUUGAGGAGGACGACAAGCAACCUGAAACCACUGUGACUGUCGAAGAACUGCCAUACGAAGAAGAAAAGCCUGAAGAGAUUCAAGAGCUCCCUGAGGAGGUUCGCGUUGUUGAAACUGUCACUGAAGAGGGCAAGCCAAAGAAGAAGAAGAUCCGCACUCGCGUAAUCAAGAAGGUCAAGGGUGACAAACAAGAAGUCACCAAGAUUGAAACCGUUGAGGAGGACGACAAGCAACCUGAAACCACUGUGACUGUCGAAGAACUUCCAUACGAAGAAGAAAAGCCUGAAGAGAUUCAAGAGCUCCCCGAGGAGGUUCGCGUUGUUGAAACUGUCACUGAAGAGGGCAAGCCAAAGAAGAAGAAGAUCCGCACUCGCGUAAUCAAGAAGGUCAAGGGUGACAAACAAGAAGUCACCAAGAUUGAAACCGUUGAGGAGGACGACAAGCAACCUGAAACCACUGUGACUGUUGAAGAACUUCCAUACGAAGAAGAAAAGCCGGAAGAGAUUCAAGAACUUCCCGAAGAGGUUCGCGUUGUUGAAACCGUCACCGAAGAGGGCAAGCCAAAGAAGAAAAAGAUCCGCACUCGCGUAAUUAAGAAGGUCAAGGGUGACAAACAAGAAGUCACCAAGAUUGAAACCGUUGAGGAGGACGACAAGCAACCUGAAACCACUGUGACUGUCGAAGAACUUCCAUAUGAAGAGGAGCAACCUGACGAGAUUCAAGAGCUUCCCGAGGAGGUUCGCGUUGUUGAAACCGUCACCGAAGAGGGCAAGCCAAAGAAGAAGAAAAUCCGCACUCGCGUAAUCAAGAAGGUUAAGGGUGACAAACAAGAAGUCACCAAGAUUGAAACCGUUGAGGAGGACGACAAGCAACCUGAAACCACUGUGACUGUCGAAGAACUUCCAUACGAAGAGGAGCAACCUGAAGAGAUUCAAGAGCUUCCCGAGGAGGUUCGGGUUGUUGAAACCGUCACCGAAGAGGGCAAGCCAAAGAAGAAGAAGAUCCGCACUCGCGUAAUCAAGAAGGUCAAGGGUGACAAACAAGAAGUCACCAAGAUUGAUACCGUUGAGGAGGACGACAAGCAACCUGAAACCACUGUGACUGUCGAAGAACUUCCAUACGAAGAAGAAAAGCCUGAAGAGAUUCAAGAGCUCCCCGAGGAGGUUCGCGUUCUUGAAACCGUCACCGAAGAGGGCAAGCCAAAGAAGAAGAAGAUCCGCACUCGCGUAAUCAAGAAGGUCAAGGGUGACAAACAAGAAGUCACCAAGAUUGAAACCGUUGAGGAGGACGACAAGCAACCUGAAACCACUGUGACUGUCGAAGAACUUCCAUACGAAGAAGAAAAGCCUGAAGAGAUUCAAGAGCUUCCUGAGGAGGUUCGCGUUGUUGAAACCGUCACCGAAGAGGGCAAGCCAAAGAAGAAGAAGAUCCGCACUCGCGUAAUCAAGAAGGUCAAGGGUGACAAACAAGAAGUCACCAAGAUUGAAACCGUUGAGGAAGACGACAAGCAACCUGAAACCACUGUGACUGUCGAAGAACUUCCAUACGAAGAAGAAAAGCCUGAAGAGAUUCAAGAGCUUCCCGAGGAGGUUCGCGUUGUUGAAACCAUCACCGAAGAGGGCAAGCCAAAGAAGAAGAAGAUCCGAACUCGCGUAAUCAAGAAGGUCAAGGGUGACAAACAAGAAGUCACCAAGAUUGAAACCGUUGAGGAAGACGACAAGCAACCUGAAACCACUGUGACUGUCGAAGAACUUCCAUACGAAGAAGAAAAGCCUGAAGAGAUUCAAGAGCUUCCCGAGGAGGUUCGCGUUGUUGAAACCGUCACCGAAGAGGGCAAGCCAAAGAAGAAGAAGAUCCGCACUCGCGUAAUCAAGAAGGUCAAGGGUGACAAACAAGAAGUCACCAAGAUUGAAACCGUUGAGGAAGACGACAAGCAACCUGAAACCACUGUGACUGUCGAAGAACUUCCAUACGAAGAAGAAAAGCCUGAAGAGAUUCAAGAGCUUCCCGAGGAGGUUCGCGUUGUUGAAACUGUCACUGAAGAGGGCAAGCCAAAGAAGAAGAAGAUCCGCACUCGCGUAAUCAAGAAGGUCAAGGGUGACAAACAAGAAGUCACCAAGAUUGAAACCGUUGAGGAGGACGACAAGCAACCUGAAACCACUGUGACUGUCGAAGAACUUCCAUACGAAGAAGAAAAGCCUGAAGAGAUUCAAGAGCUUCCCGAGGAGGUUCGCGUUGUUGAAACCGUCACCGAAGAGGGCAAGCCAAAGAAGAAGAAGAUCCGCACUCGCGUAAUCAAGAAGGUCAAGGGUGACAAACAAGAAGUAACCAAGAUUGAAACCGUUGAGGAGGACGACAAGCAACCUGAAACCACUGUGACUGUCGAAGAACUUCCAUACGAAGAAGAAAAGCCUGAAGAGAUUCAAGAGCUUCCCGAGGAGGUUCGCGUUGUUGAAACCGUCACCGAAGAGGGCAAGCCAAAGAAGAAGAAGAUCCGCACUCGCGUAAUCAAGAAGGUCAAGGGUGACAAACAAGAAGUCACCAAGAUUGAAACCGUUGAGGAAGACGACAAGCAACCUGAAACCACUGUGACUGUCGAAGAACUUCCAUACGAAGAAGAAAAGCCUGAAAAGAUUCAAGAGCUUCCCGAGGAGGUUCGCGUUGUUGAAACUGUCACUGAAGAGGGCAAGCCAAAGAAGAAGAAGAUCCGCACUCGCGUAAUCAAGAAGGUCAAGGGUGACAAACAAGAAGUCACCAAGAUUGAAACCGUUGAGGAGGACGACAAGCAACCUGAAACCACUGUGACUGUCGAAGAACUUCCAUACGAAGAAGAAAAGCCUGAAGAGAUUCAAGAGCUUCCCGAGGAGGUUCGCGUUGUUGAAACCGUCACCGAAGAGGGCAAGCCAAAGAAGAAGAAGAUCCGCACUCGCGUAAUCAAGAAGGUCAAGGGUGACAAACAAGAAGUAACCAAGAUUGAAACCGUUGAGGAGGACGACAAGCAACCUGAAACCACUGUGACUGUCGAAGAACUUCCAUACGAAGAAGAAAAGCCUGAAGAGAUUCAAGAGCUUCCUGAGGAGGUUCGCGUUGUUGAAACCGCCACCGAAGAGGGCAAGCCAAAGAAGAAGAAGAUCCGCACUCGCGUAAUCAAGAAGGUCAAGGGUGACAAACAAGAAGUCACCAAGAUUGAAACCGUUGAAGAGGACGACAAGCAACCUGAAACCACUGUGACUGUCGAAGAACUUCCAUACGAAGAAGAAAAGCCUGAAGAGAUUCAAGAGCUUCCCGAGGAGGUUCGCGUUGUUGAAACCGUCACCGAAGAGGGCAAGCCAAAGAAGAAGAAGAUCCGCACUCGCGUAAUCAAGAAGGUCAAGGGUGACAAACAAGAAGUCACCAAGAUUGAAACCGUGGAGGAGGACGACAAGCAACCUGAAACCACUGUGACUGUCGAAGAACUUCCAUACGAAGAGGAGCAACCUGAAGAGAUUCAAGAGCUUCCCGAAGAGGUUCGCGUUGUUGAAACCAUCACCGAAGAGGGCAAGCCAAAGAAGAAGAAGAUCCGCACUCGCGUAAUCAAGAAGGUCAAGGGUGACAAACAAGAAGUCACCAAGAUUGAAACCGUUGAGGAGGACGACAAGCAACCUGAAACCACUGUGACUGUCGAAGAACUUCCAUACGAAGAGGAGCAACCUGAAGAGAUUCAAGAGCUUCCAGAGGAGGUUCGCGUUGUUGAAACCAUCACCGAAGAAGGCAAGCCAAAGAAGAAGAAGAUCCGCACUCGCGUAAUCAAGAAGGUCAAGGGUGACAAACAAAAAGUAACCAAAAUUGAAACCGUUGAGGAGGACGACAAGCAACCGGAAACCACUGUGACUGUCGAAGAACUUCCAUACGAAGAAGAAAAGCCUGAAGAGAUUCAAGAGCUCCCCGAGGAGGUUCGCGUUGUUGAAACCGUCACCGAAGAGGGCAAGCCAAAGAAGAAGAAGAUCCGCACUCGGGUAAUCAAGAAGGUCAAGGGUGACAAACAAGAAGUCACCAAGAUUGAAACCGUUGAGGAGGACGACAAGCAACCUGAAACCACUGUGACUGUCGAAGAACUUCCAUACGAAGAAGAAAAGCCUGAAGAGAUUCAAGAGCUCCCCGAGGAGGUUCGCGUUGUUGAAACCGUCACCGAAGAGGGCAAGCCAAAGAAGAAGAAGAUCCGCACUCGGGUAAUCAAGAAGGUCAAGGGUGACAAACAAGAAGUCACCAAGAUUGAAACCGUUGAGGAGGACGACAAGCAACCUGAAACCACUGUGACUGUCGAAGAACUUCCAUACGAAGAAGAAAAGCCUGAAGAGAUUCAAGAGCUUCCCGAGGAGGUUCGCGUUGUUGAAACCGUCACCGAAGAGGGCAAGCCAAAGAAGAAGAAGAUCCGCACUCGCGUAAUCAAGAAGGUUAAGGGUGACAAAGAAGAAGUCACCAAGAUUGAAACCGUUGAGGAGGACGACAAGCAACCUGAAACCACUGUGACUGUCGAAGAACUUCCAUACGAAGAAGAAAAGCCUGAAGAGAUUCAAGAGCUUCCAGAGGAAGUUCGCGUUGUUGAAACCAUCACCGAAGAGGGCAAGCCAAAGAAGAAGAAGAUCCGCACUCGCGUAAUCAAGAAGGUAAAGGGAGACAAGCAAGAAGUUACAAAGAUCGAAACGGUUGAGGAGGUUGAUAAGAAACCGGAAACCAUUAUAACUGUUGAAGAAACUGAUUUAAGUACUCCUAGUGUAGGCAAAGUGAAGCUUAAAAAGAGAGUUAUCGUUCAAAAACCAGAAGAUGAGGUUACGGUAUUUGAAUUACCUGAACGAAAAUCAGUUAUACUUUCAGAAAAAGAGGAUGGAACACCAACAAAAACGGUUAUUAAAACAAGAAUCAUCAAAAAAGUUCAAGGACCGAACAUGGAAGUGACAAAAAUCGAAACAGUCGAGGAAUAUGAAAAAGCUCCAAAAACUAAAAUAUCUGUAGAAAAGUUUGAGCUACCAUUCCCCGAGCUCCCAGAAGAAAAGAUUUCCGAAGUGGUCGUUCUGCCUGAUGAGGUUUUCGAGUCCGAAGCUAUUGAUGAGGAAGGUCUCCCAAAGAAAAUUAGAACUAAGAAGCGGGUUAUUAAAAAGCCAGCACUUGGUAACACUGAAGAAGUGACUGAAAUAGGAAUUAUUGAACAGGAAAAUACUGAGCCCAUAUAUUCGGUAACAAUAAAAGAACAGCCAUUAACCGAAUCUAAGCCGGAUGAUAGUAAAAUAGUUGAAUUACCUGAACUUGUGACAGAGUUUGAAGUUGUUUCACCUGAUGGAACAAGGAAGAAAAAGACGGUUAAAUCUAGAGCUUUCAAAAAGAACAUUGACGAGGAUAAGGAUGAAGUUACAACAGUUCAAAUAAUAGAAGAGGAAGAUAAGGAACCACUAACUACAGUGGAAAUAGAGGUUAUGCCUGCUGACGAGAUCUCCAUUACGCCCAUACCGAUAGAAGAACUUCCUGAGGAAACCGUUUUUACAGAGGAAUUAGACGAAAAUAAGAAGCCGAAGAAAAAGACUACCAAAACAAGAACAUUUAAAAAGCGCGGACCUGAUGACGACGAAUAUUUCCAAAUUCAAACGAUUGAUGAAGAGGGAAAGGAGCCCGUCUCCCUUAUCAGAGUUGUAAGCGAUGAAAAUAUUGCUGAUAUCAUUGAUAUUAGUAAACUCGAUGAUGAAAAGGUUUCCAAACACAAACAAAAGCCACACAAGCCGAAGGCGGAGAAACCAAAGGCCGAUUACACAGAAACGGAACACCCAGUUUACAUCACGACAUUUAAAUCUGUUCAAAACGAUGAUGGAGAAACAACCAUACAAACUGAAAACAAGCGUAUUUCCCAGGAGGAAGGCGUCGUUGUUGAGGAAGUCCUCAGUGAUUCAGAACUCAUUCCAGAAGACACGACACAAUCACACCUUGAAAUUACCGAAGUCAGCGGGCCCACAGACCAAUACAACAAAGAGUACACAAUCACUGAACCUGAAGAGGCAAGUGCAGACAGCAUACAAAAACCAACUAAAGACAAAAAACCAAAACAGAAAAAACGUUUAGAUACUCCUAUAGAGGAAGUUGACGAGACCGUUGAUAUAGUUGAGGGUACUGGGGAACAGACUGACAAGACACCUAAGAAACGAAAGACAAAGAAGGUAGAAGGUAAGGUUGAGGAGGUUACUGCUGAGGAGAAACCAGUUGAACGAAAGGAAAAGCCAAAGAAAAAGAAAGUGGUCAAGUCGAAACAGGAUGAAAUGGAUGACUACAUCCAGUUCCUUAUACAUCAAGAGAUUCCAAAGACUGUAAUACAACCUUAUCAGCGUACAGAAAUGCAACUUCCUCAGAGGGCUCGUCGCGACUCGUCCUUCAAACAACCAAUGAAACUAACUCCAAUGAAAAUAGAGAAAGUUGAGUUCAAGAAACCUAAAAUGGUGGAAAUAAGUUCGGUGGUAGAGUUCCCUCAAAUGCUUAAGCUCAAAGCACCUAAGCAAAGACCCCAGGAGGAAAAGAAAAAGAAAAAUGAAGCAUCCUUUAAGAACAAAAAGCUGAAGAGCUGGAUCAGGUUUAUUCCAUAUGCACCUUACUGCUUCCCAUAUGUGGUUACCGAAUUGGAAACUAAUCGCGAUGCCGGAGAACUUUCCCGGAAUGUUCAAGAAGCGGAAGAGGUAUUGAAGUUACGUCCAAGGAAAUUCAAGCCAUCCAAGCCCGAAAAGGUGGAGUUGGAAGAGGCGGAUCUGGAGACAUUCGACUCAGAGCAUUCAGAACUUUCUGAUAAGGAGCAACCAAAACCGAAAUACCAACGCUCUAAAAAGACAAAGGAAGAAAGUCCAGAGGAAACUAGAAAACUUAAGCUUGGAAAGGGUAAAAUUCCGCAAGAUGUUACGGCUGUUGAGGAAGUAACUUUAAAACCGGUUAAGCUCAAUGUCGCAGAGGAGGAAGACGUUGAAAAGCCAUCAAAGGUAACUGAAGAGGAAAAGACCAAGAAAAAGAAGUCCAAAAAGGCCGACAAGCCUGUUGAGGGAAUCCAGUUUGAACCCAUUGAGCUUAAGGACCAUGAAACUACCUCUGAGUUCCCAGAAGAGUCGGACACCUCUCAAGCUGAGGAAACGUCUACGCAGGAGAAGCCUAAAUAUAAAAGGAAAAAGAGGCCAACUCCUACGCCAGAGAAGAAUCAGUACGAAAUAACUCCCGGAAAAGGAAAGGGACUUGAAGAAAUCCCAGACGAUAACCUUGAAUUACGCAAGCGCCAAGGAGAAAAACCUGAAGAUGAAAAGGAGGACGUUAAGCUCAAGCCAUGGUUCAAGUUCGAGGUGCUAGAAGAGGAACCUCAAGAUGCUCCAGCUGAAACAUUGCCAAGCAGUGAAGCUCCUGAAAAGAAAAUCAAGAAAAAACGGAAGCUGAAGCUUAAGACGGAACAGGAAGAGAACAUUGUCGAUAUAGUUGAAAUUUCUCCUGAAGAUAGCAAUGAUAAAAUCUUUGAAGUUACUGUCACAAGCUCUGAAAUUGUACAAGCCGACGAAAAACCAACAAAAACACUUAAAAAGAAGGUAAGGCGAAUGAACAAGGAGGAACUUGAUAAUUUUGUCAUACAGUUAAUGGAGGAACCAGAUCAGAAGUUUUAUGAGACCAGCUUGGACGACUUCUAUGAGGUCAAACUGACCGAAUUGCCGUCAGGCACAGAAGAGGAUAAACCUAAAAAGCGUAAAAUACGACAUGAGAAGGGAGAUGAUGUGGAGGUUUUGGAAAUUGUAGAAACUGUUGCCGCCCCUGGUGAAGAGCCCCUCUACGAAAUCACUGUAACUUCCAGUGAAGCUAAGGAACAAGAAGCUGGAGCAAGCCCAGUUGAGAAGAUCACAAAGAAAACUAAGAGAAUGAAAAAGGACGAGCUCGAUGCUUAUAUUCAGCAACUCAUAAAUGCAGAGAUCCCAGUAACAGAGCUGGAAAGAUAUGAGAAAAUAGAUGUUGAUGGAAAACCAAAGAAACCCAAGAAGCUCAAGGCUAAGGUGGAGAAACCAAUUGUCGAUGAAGGCGAAACUCUUCAAGUAGGAGUCACAGAACAUGAGCCAAUCGAAAAACCAAAGCCCAAGAAGCCAAAGACAAAGAAAUUAAUAAAGGAAGAAGAAUCGAUUGAAACCGAGAUAGUUCCGGUAUACGAUGAGUUCCUCAUCAAAAAGAUUGAUUCUGAACGUACUCCAGAGGAAGUCAUUGAGGAAGUAGAAGAAGAAGUCCUUCCGGCUUUGGAUGAAAUUCUGGCAGACUUAGGUGAAUCACUUCCCAUAGUGGUGGUUGAGGAAGAUUUUGAGGCUGUCCCAUUGGCUCCUGAAGUAUUAAUUAUUAAGGAUGAGAAAAUAGUAAAGAAACGAAAGGUGAAAACCAGAAAGGGCUCCAAGCAGUACGAAAUCGAAAUAAUUGAAUCUGAUAAACCAGUCGAUGAUCUAGAAGAUGCAAAGGUUAUAGUCAUAACAACUGAAAUUUCUGAAGAUACAACCGACGGACCCGCUCUUGCAAAACCGGAAGCACCAAAGAAAUCGGUUAAAAAGGUAAAGAAGGAAAACCUUAAGGAGUACAUUGUCAAAGUAGUCGAAGAAGCACCGUUGGAACACAUCGCAGAAAUUUCGGAGGAUAUUGCUCCACUUUCUAGCAAGGAAAGCUCUGUGGAAAAGGAUAUUAGUUCCUUUGUUACUACGGUUGUAGAGGAGGAAGGUGAUGAACCUAUUGUCUCGGAAGAAACUAAAUCGGAAGAAGUUUCAACCCUUCCAAAGGAUAAAAAGAAGAAACCAGUAAAACAGAAAAAGGUUAAAAUAUCCGAAACUGAGCCCACACCAACGCCUGAAGAGUUGCCCGUCACAGAGUAUACAACCGAGGUUGUAGAAUCAGAUGAAAUUCCGGAAACGGAGGAGUAUUCAGUGGAAGUAAAGGACAGUUUGCCAAAGAAGAAAAAGAAACCGAUCAAACCAGUGAAAGAGGAGUCUCCCGCUGAGGAUAUAUCUCAAUACACUAUUCGUAUUGAGGAGUUGGCUCCGGAAACCACUACCGAAAAAGUAGUCAAUGAAGAGGGUAAGGAGGUUGAACGUGUCACCACCAAACGAAGAAUCAAAAAGAAACACGGACCGAAAGAAUACUUAAUUGAAGUUGUUGAGACCUUUGAAGAAAACAAGCCAGAAGCAGAUCUUGUUAUUCAGACCACUGAAAUAACACCAGCUACUGAGUCUAAGCCUCAGGAGGAGCAUAAAAUAAAAAUAGUCAAGGAGAAAAAGCCAAAAACUGAAAGCUUGGAUAAUUAUAUUUAUAAACUUAUCGAUCAAGAAAUACCUAAAGUGGAUCUCGAUGAGUACGAAGCUACUGUUUCGGAGCUCUCUCCAAAGGAAAAGAAACACAAGAAAAUUAAGAAACAUCACAAAAAAUCUACAGAGAUUAUCGAUGGAGUACCGACUACUGUUCACGAGAUAACCAUACAAGAGUUCGAGUCCGAUAAGGAAGACUCACUGCCUCAAGAGAUCAGCAUAAAGGAAACAGAUCGUGAACAUGCAGAAGAAGCUCCUUUGGAUCUGAAAACUAGGGUCUCAGAAGAUAAGCCCAAACCAAAAACUAAAAAAUCGUUUAAGGCAAAGAUCGUUGAAGAGGAACCCCAACCCCAACCAGUAAUCGAAGAUAUUUCAGAGGUCGUAGAAGUAACAGAAGUUAUUGAAGAAGACGGCAAGCCAAAGCAGGUUGAAACUAAGAAAAAGAAGGUUUCCCGCAAACAUGGUCCAAAAGAACAAGUCUUCGAAAUCACCGAGACGAAGUCUAGUGAUGAACCUUUGACUGAAGUUACUAUUGUUGAAAUUUCAGAGGAACAGCCCGAAGAAGAGGUUCCAGAACUUAAAGAAAAGAAACCAAUUAAGAAACCGAAGAAAGUGAAACCGGAAGAUGUCAAGAACUACGUGAUCAAUGUUUUAGAAGAGUUCAAUGAACCCGUCCAAUUUGAAAACAUCGCAGAAGUUGUAGAAGUAAGUGAAGUUAUUGAAGAAGACGGCACUUCCAAGCAGGUUGAAACUAAGAAAAAGAAGGUUUCCCGCAAACAAGGUCCAAAGGAACAAAUCUUCGAAAUAACCGAGACGAAGUCUAGCCAUGAACCGUUGAGUGAAGUAACUAUUAUUGAGAUUUUAGAGGAAAAACCUCUAGAUGAAGUCCAAGAGGUUAAAGAAAAGAAACCAAUUAAAAAACCGAAGAAGCUGAAACCAGAAGACGUCAAGAACUAUGUGAUCAAUGUUCUGGAAGAGUUCAAUGAACCCGUCCAAUUUGAGAAACUUUCAGAGGAAAAAGAGGACAAACCACAACCUAUAAUUGAAGAUAUUUCGGAGGUUGUUGAAGUUACACAAGUUAUUGAAGAAGACGGCACACCAAAACAAGUUGAAACUAAGAAAAAGAAGGUUUCUCGGAAACAAGGUCCAAAAGAACAAAUUUUCGAAAUCACCGAGACCAAAACCAGCGACGAACCAAUGGCUGAAGUUACAAUCGUCGAAGUUACGGAUGAAACGCCUAAGCAGGACAUAGAACAACUUAAGGAAAAGAAACCAAUUAAAAAACCGAAAAAAUUAAAGCCUGAAGAAGUCGAGAGCUAUGUAGUUAAUGUUCUGGAAGAGUUUAACGAGCCAUACAAGUUUGAGGAGACUGAACUACCAGUUAUUGAAGACAUUGCGGAAUCCGUGGAAGUUGUGAAAGUUACGGAGGAUGAUGGCACUACUAAGCAGGUUGAGGUUAAAAAGAAGAAGGUUUCUCGGAAACAAGGUCCAAAGGAACAAAUCUUCGAAAUCAUCGAGACCAAAACCAGCGACGAACCAUUGGCUGAAGUUACUAUCGUUGAGGUUACAGAUGUAAAGCAAACCGAAGAGAGUGUACUUCCCAAGGAAAAGAAAUCAAUAAAGAAACCGAAAAAAUUGAAACCAGAAGACGUCGAAAGCUAUGUGAUUAAUGUUCUAGAAGAGUUUAACGAGCCAUACAAGUUUGAGGAGACUGAACAACCAGUUAUUGAAGAAAUUGCGGAAUCCGUGGAAAUUGUGAAAGUUACCGAGGAUGAUGGCUCUACCAAGCAGGUUGAGGUUAAAAAGAAGAAGGUUUCUCGGAAGCAAGGUCCAAAGGAACAAAUCUUCGAAAUCACGGAAACAAAAAGUAGUGAUGAACCUUUGGCUGAGAUUACUAUUGUCGAGGUAACAGACGAAAAACCAAAGGAAGACAUUGUUAUACUUGAGGAAAAGAAACCAAUUAAGAAACCGAAGAAACUGAAACCAGAAGACGUCAAGAACUAUGUAAUCAAUGUUUUGGAAGAGUUCAAUGAACCCGUCCAAUUUGAACUUUCAGAGGACAAAGAAGACAAACCACAACCAAUAAUUGAGGAUAUUUCUGAGGUUGUAGAAGUUACACGAGUUAUUGAAGAAGAUGGCACACCAAAACAGGUUGAAACUAAGAAAAAGAAGAUUUCCCGUAAACAGGGUCCAAAAGAACAAAUUUUCGAAAUCACCGAGACCAAAACUAACGACGAACCACUGGCCGAAGUUACAAUCGUCGAGGUUACGGAUGAAUCGCCUAAGCAGGACGUAGAACAACUUAAGGAAAAGAAACCAAUUAAAAAACCGAAAAAAUUAAAGCCUGAUGAAGUCGAGAGCUAUGUAAUUAAUGUUCUGGAAGAGUUUAACGAGCCAUACAAGUUUGAGGAGACUGAACAACCAGUUAUUGAAGACAUUGCGGAAGUCGUGGAAAUUGUGAAAGUUACGGAUGAUGAUGGCUCUACUAAGCAGGUUCAGGUUAAAAAGAAGAAGGUUUCUCGGAAACAAGGUCCGAAGGAACAAAUCUUUGAAAUAACUGAGACAAAAACUAGCGACGAACCUUUGGCUGAAGUUACUAUUGUCGAGGUAACAGACAAAAAGCCAAAAGAAGAAGUUGUUCAAUUUAAGGAAAAGAAAGUAAUCAAGAAACCAAAGAAACUUAAGCCUGAAGACGUUGAGAGCUAUGUAAUUAAUGUAUUGGAAGAGCAGUUGGAGGAUACAGAGCCUCUUGUUAGGGAAGAACCCGUCGAACCUAAGGCCAAAAUCAAGACUCCAAAGAAGCCAAGCGAAAAACCAAUCGAAAAGAAAAUUCAAAUUGAAGAAAUGGCUCCUGAAACUGUUAUACAAAAUGUUGUAGACGAAAAGGGAGAGGAAGUAAAACAAGUUAAGACAACAAAGAAGCUUAAGAAGAAGGAAGGUGAUAAGGAGUAUCUCAUUGAAAUAACAGAAACAUAUCAAGAGAACAAGCCAGAGGCCGACAUCGAAUUCACUACCACAGAGUUACCUUCUGAAGACUCUCCAAAUGUUGCCGAGGAUCAACCGGUCAAGGUUCUUCAAAAAGUGAAGAAGAAGAAGCCAGUUAAGGACGAUCUUGAUAAGUACAUUCAACAGUUAAUCGAACAGGAAAUCACAAAAACACCUCUAGAAGAAUACGAGCCGACGGAAAUGGAUGUGAAGCCAAAGCAACCCAAGAAGAAAGUAAAGACUCACCAUAAAAAGACAAUAGAAGUUGUUGAUGGUUUGCCGGUUACCAUUCAUGAAUUUGAUGUGGAAGAAAUAAUCCCAGAACCGGAGGACGUUGAAGAACCUGAGAUCUUAAUAGAGGAAGUCGAGGAAUUACCAAAAGAGACGGACACUUCUGCUUACCUUGUGAAUAUUUCUGACGAAUUCGUUGAAGCUGAGGAGCCAGUCGAACAGUCUUCUGAAGAGAAACCGAAACCAGUUAAAAAGGAGAAACCAAAGAAAACGAAAAAGGUUGAGACUCCUGCUCCAUUGGAAGAAUUGGCUAGCACGGUUGAAGUCGUUACCCAACCAACGGAAGAGGGAACUGUUAAAGAAGUUACUGUCAAGAAACGCAAGGUAUCGCGUAGAAAGGGGUCUAAGGAGCACAUCUUUGAGAUCACAGAAACAACAAGUGAGGAUCAGCCUACAGCCGAAGUUACAGUUGUUGAGCUGAGCAGCGAUAACGACUUAGUUUCUGAAGAAAAGCCAAAGCCAGAAAAGAAGAUCGUUAAAAAGCCAAAGCAGUUGAAGAAGGACGAAGUUGAGGAAUACGUCAUUAAUAUUAUUGAAGAGUUCGUUCAGCCUGUUCCUGCUGACUUAGUUGAAAGUGAAGAAGAAGUUAAGGAGAAAGAAACUAAAAAAUCAAAGAAAUCUCCAAAAACGUUCACGGUCACAGAAAAAGAAACCGCAGAUAUCAAGGCUCCUGUGGUGGAGGAGGAAGAUGUAGAGCAGACGAUUGAGUCCGUUUCAGAGGAGUCACCAGAAUCUCCUGAGUAUAGCAUCGGAGUCAAGGAGGAAAUCGUGGCUGAGGAGCAGAAACAACCCAAGACCAAAAAGGUAUCCAAGACUAAACCUGUCAAGCAGCCAGUUUCGGAGGAAAGCCAAGACUAUCUUGUUAAAGUUAAGUCUGAAGAAAGCUUGAGAGAAGAGCCAAUCUCUGAACAUGAAGCAGUUGUGAUUGAAACUGAAGAAAGUAAGCCAUCUGAGGAACCUGCUUUCCAGGUCGAAGAAAUAGAAACUGAGGAAGUAGAGAAAGAAAUCAUCGACGACAAGGGAGAAACAUUAACGCAAACUGUAACCAAACGAAAGAUCAAAAAACAAGUUGGCCCCAAGGAAGAAAUUAUAGAAAUUGUGGAAACUAAGACCGGAGGUACCCCAGAGUACGAGGUCAUUGUAACCACAGAAGAGGCCGAACCUGUUAGCGAAGAAGUUCCUCAGGAGGAAAAGCCAAAGAAGAUUCGCAAAGCCAAAAAGGUUCCGAAAGACGAUCUUCAUGACUAUAUACAAAAGCUUAUUGAACAGGAUAUACCAAAGACCGAACUGGAGAAGUACGAAAAGAUCGACUUAGACGAGCCUGUCAAAAUGAAGAAGAAACCUAUCAAAAAAGUCAAGCAGUCUGAAGAACAGCCAAGAGGAGACAGUGAAGAGAGAAUCGAUGAAAAGCCAGUGAAAGAGAUUCCUGAAAUUUCAGAAGGUGACAAAGAGGAACCGACGCUAACUUUUUCAGUCAAGGAGUUUAUUCCGGAAAAGCCAGAAGAAAAACCAUUCGAAAUAGUGGUUCUUGAAGAAACAGUAGAGACCAAGCAGAUUCCAGAUGAAGAGGGAGUAGUAAGGGAAAAGGUGGUUAAGACUAAGAAGAUAAAACAGAAGAAGGGUCCUGAAGAAAUAGUUCAUGACAUUGUCGAGGUAACUGAUAAGGACACAAAUGAAUCUGAAAUAACUGUCACAACCACGGUUCCUACGGAAACCCCUGAUCAGGAGGUGCCUUCACCUAAACAGAAACGAACUAAGAAGAUUAAAAAGGACGAAGUCGAAGACUUUAUCAAGUCCGUUAUUGAAGAGGAUGUACCACAGCCUACUGAAUCUGAUAACGUUGUGGCCAUUACCGAGGACUCUCCAUCUAAGCCAACCGUAGAGAAAUCGAAGAAAAAACCGAAGAAAGAAAAGCAACCUUCCGUUCAGGAACAAGUGCCUGAAGAGGACGUAGUUGCCGUUAUCGAGUCUCUUCCGGAGGAUUAUCCAGUUAAUGAUGAUCUUAUAACUGUUGUAGAAUCAGCUCCAAGCGUGUCAGAGCCUGAACACAAAAUAGAGCUCGUUGAAGAGGCUAAGAAACCCGAGAAGAAAAAGAAACCAAAAUCUGUAGUUACAGUUCACGAAGAACAACCGGUAGAAGACACUGUAGAAAAGACUUUUGAAGUCAAACAAGUUGAGUCUGAUGAAGAAAAACCAGAUGUUCAGGAAUUCAGUGUUUCUGUAGCAGAUGAAGAAAAAACAGAACCUAAGCCUGAGAAAAAGAAGACUCCUAAAAAACAAAAAGAAGAGGCAGAGCAACCUUUCGAGGAGAAAUACGAGAUUUCUGUGGAGGAAAAUGUCUUGCAGCCUGAGGAAAAGCCGUUUACAGUUCAGGUAAUUGAAAGCGAGACAAAGGUCGAAGAAACCAAGGACGAUACCGGUGAAACACAUAAGAAAAUUACCACCAGAAGAAAGUUAAAACGACCGGAAGGUGAAGGGGAAAUUGAGAUUAUUGAAGUGAUUAAGGACGAUCAGCCUGAAGCGGAAAUAACUAUUGUAGAGUAUGAACCUGAGCCCAUAACGCAGGAUGAAAAGCCCAAGGAACCCAAAAAGAAAACCAAAAAGGUUAAAAAGGAUGAUAUUCAUGACUACAUACAAAAGUUAAUUGACAUGGAAACGCCCAAGACUGAGCUUGAAAAGUAUGAGAAAAUAGAAUUCGAGCCAACAGUUAAGGACAAGCCAUUAGAUAAUAUAGUUGAUGUAGUGGACGAAACGCCUUCUGAAAAGCCGAAAAAAGAUAAGAAGGUUAAGUCCAAGGAAGUUCCCAAAGAUGAAAGUCCUGUUCCAGAUCAAAUAGCAGAGGUUAAAAUAGUAGAAGAAGAUGCUCCUGAACAACCCCAAAUACCAGUUGAAGUUGUGGAAGUUAAACCUGUUGAGGUACAAGUCCAAGAGGUUAUCACAGAAGAGGGAAAGCCUGUUCAAGAAAAGAUAACCAAACGAGUUUUGAAGAAGAAGGGACCUCAAGAAGAAACGACCUUUAAGAUUACCACUAUUGAAAGCGAGGACAACGAUUCAGUUACAGUUAUCGUUGAUGAAGAACCAGAAGAGGCUCCAGUACAGGUUAUUCAGGAAGAGCCUGAAAAGGCUGAAGAGAAACCAAAACCAAAGCCUAAGAAAAUAGUAAAGAAGGUUAAGAAGGACGAUUUAGAUGACUAUGUAAAAAGGCUUAUAGAAGAAGAAAUUCCUAAGGUAGAGCUUGAAAAAUAUGAAAAGGUAGAAAUGCCAGAGGAGCCUAGUAAGCCAGCUCCUUCGGAAAUUAUUCCGGAACAAGCUAAACCAGAAGCAACUGAGCCAGCAACAAUAGUUCCUGACACAACCAAACCCAAGAAGACCAAGACUUCUAAGCCAAAGACAGAACCCACAGACGAACAAGUACUUGACGUGCCGACAGAGACCAUUUUAGACACCACUGACACAGCAGAGAUCACACCAACUCAAAUUGCACAACCCGAGGACACAGCCAAUGCACAAAUUACACCAAGCGCACAAGAAGAGAAACCUACUCAAGAUGACACUAAAGAUACAAUUCAGAAAACAGUUAAACAUAAGAAAACAAAACCAGACACACAAAAAAGCGUUGAAACAAGUGAACUGCCAGAGGUUCAAAAAGAUUAUCAAAUUAACAUCAUUCACGAGGAGCCCGUCGAGGAAGAGCAGCCCGAAAAGAUUUUGGAGGUCCGAGUUAUCGACGAAGUCGCCGAAGUUGUGGAAUCCCAGCCUAUUGUGGAAGAGUUUGAAGAGGAGGAGGAACAACCCAUUACAGAAGAAGUUACUGAGGAUGUAACUAAGCCAAAGACUAAAAAGAAGAAGGUUGUCAAAAAGAAGACAGAUGACCAUGAUGAAAUCAUCAGAAAGAUGUUGGAACAGGAAAUCGAGAAGACCGAACUGGAGAAGUACGAGAAAAUUGAGUUCGAUGUUCCCAAGAAACUCAAGCCAGAAUUUGCCACUCUUGAGCCGAUGAAAAUCGAGCGCAAGGAACAGAAGCCGACAAAGGUGACUAUUGUCGAGGCUGCUGAUGUUCCCAAAACGGUGAAGCUUAAGCCUGGUAAGCGUAAGGAGAAACCUGCCGAGGAACAGACUGUUCAACUGCCCAAGUUCCGACUCAAGGCUCGUAUGGUCAUGGUCGAAUACCCUCCGGCUCCGUUAAUUCCGAAAAUAACUGAAAUUGGAGCCAUAAAAGAUAAUGGAGAACUAUCUCGUAACAUUGAAGAGGCUGAAGAAGUCCUUAAGUUCAAGCCGCAGAAGACUAAGAAAAUCAAGAAGAUCAAGGAUGAUUUAGAAAAGGUAGAACUUGAAAAGUACGAGAAAUACGUUAGUAGCGAGGAAGAACCUGAGGAAAAGGCCCCUUAUAAGAAACCUGAAAAGCCAGCAAAGCCUGAGGAGAAACCAGAUGACGUAAAACUCAAGCUGGGCAAGGGCAAGAAGAAGCCAAAGGAGGAAGAACAACCUGAAAAUGUUACUCUCAAAAAGAUUCCUCAGAAGCCUCAGGAAGCUGUGGAAGAAGUUGAGCUAAAACCGAAACCUAAGGAGGUUGUUGUUGUUGAGGAAACACCAAAGGAGCCCAAGGAAGGAGAGUUUAUUGUGCCGCCAUUCGAACCUACUGAAUUCGAUAGUCCUGAAUAUGUUCCCGAGGAACUUGAGCCAAUCGAUCAUCCAGAGAAGCCUGAGAAACCCAAGAAGCCUUCUAAGACUAAGUAUAAGCCUAAAGAUAAGUCGAAGCCCGAACCGGAAACCAUUAUCUCGGAGAUAGUACCUGGUGUACCAAAGGAGGAAGAGGAAGUACCCGAACAAGAAGUAAAGUUCCGUAUACCCGAGAGAGAUGCCCCAGAAGAGACAGACUCAGAUAUUAAGCUACGCCCUGUACCCCAGACUCCUAAGGCUGAAGAGCCUAUCGAGCAAGCUGUGGUGAAACCCAAGGAGGAGCCUCAGCCAGAAGAAAUACCAGAUAAGCCUGAAGAAGUCGAACCGAAACCGAAGAAAUCUAAGCCUAAGAAGGCCCCAUCGAAGGAGAAGGAGAUCCCUGAAGAGAAGGUUGAAGAAUUCGAGGUAUCUGUGAAAGAAGAGGAGGCACCAGAAGAUAAGCCCGUCGAAUCCGAGAAACCAAAGGAAGUUAAGGUUAAACAGAAGAAGACCAAGGAAGCACCUGUAUCGGAAGUCACAGUAUCUGAGGAAGUACCCAAGCCGGAGGAAGUACCAGAGGAGAUUCCUGUUGAGUACAAGAUAACAACUACCGUGCUGGAGCCCGAGGAGGCACCAAAGGAACACCAAGUUCGAGUCAUUGAUUUCGAUGAGCGUCAUGAAACUACGGAGGAAGUUAUUGAAGAGAAGGUGGUAACGCGCAAGAAGAAGCCAAAGCCGCAGCAGCCCGAAGAAUUCGAGGUUACCCUAAAGGAACCAAAGGAAGAACAAAAACAACCCGAAGAAGUUUCGGCAGAAAUUUCGCUGUCAGCUGAACAACCCGAGCAGAAGCCGGAAGAGUUUGAAAUCGAACUUAAACUCUCUGAGCCCACUCCAGAAGAGCCUGUUGAACAGGAAAUCGUUGUCAAGGAAAAGACCAAGAAGAAACCCUCUAAAGAAAUCAAGGAGGACAAGAUCGUGGUGGUGGAGGAAGAAGAAAAGGCCCAACCAAUUGAGGAAACAGUUGUCGAGGUUGAAAAGCAGGAAGAAAAGAAGAAGACAAAGAAGCCGAAGACCUAUGAGUUCCAAAUCACAGAAACCGAAGCGGUGGAAGAAAAGCCAGCCGAAGUGGUUGAGGAAAUUCCUGAAGAAGUACCCAAGGUUGAAGAAGAAAAGGUUGUUGAAAAGUUCGAUUCCUAUGAAAUUACUCUAAAGGAAACUGAAGCUGAAAAGGUAGUCGAAGUUGAGGAACAGCCCGAGGAAGAAACUCCUCAGGAAGUUGUCAUAAAGAAAAAGCCGAAGAAACCUGAAGAAGUCGAAGCCGAAUUCGUAAUAACCGAACCUAAGGUUACAGAAGAAACAACUGUGGAAACUGAAAUCAAGCAGAAGAAAACUAAAAAGCCCAAGAAAACCGAGGAAGAGGCUCAACUAGAGAUAAAGGUAGUCGAAACUGAAGCUCCUGUUCCUGAAGAAGUUGUGAUUGAAGCUCCCGAGGUUGUGAUUGAAGAGCAGAAGGAAGUUGUUGUUGAAGAAAAGCCCGAAGAAUUUAAAAUUCGCGUCUCUGAAACUGAAGCUAAGCCUGAAGAACCAAGCGAGGCCCAAUUUACAGUGAAAAAACGCAAGCCUUCUGUCACUUUCGCCGACGAACCUGCAACAGAAAUCAUUCUUAAGGAGAGCAAGCCCAUUGAAGAAGUUACCGAGGAAGCUCAAAUCAAGACCAAGAAACCCAAAAAGAAGGUAAAGGAUGUGGAAGCUGAGGAAUUGAAGAUCCAGAUCACUGAGGAGAUUCCACAGGAAGUCCCUAUAGUUGAGGAAGUCGAAGAAGAGGAGGUAAUCACAGAAGUCAAGGAAGAGGUGCCGGUGGUGGAAGAAAAGACAUACAAAAUUGGCAUUAAAGAGACUCAGCCAGAGAAACCUGUAGAAAAGGUUGUCGAGGAAGAGCCGGUGGUAACUGAGCCAAUUGUGGAAGAGCCGCAACCCGAAGUCUUCGAAGAACACAAGGUUAGAGUCAUUGAGGAAACUCCUCGAGAAUUAGUCGAGGAAGUCAUCGAGGAGGAGGUGAGGGUCAUUCGCAAGAAGAAGCCUAAGCCAGAAGUCAAGGAGGAACCAGAGGCGGAAGUUACUGUUUCUGCUCCGAAGCCUGUCGAUGAAGUGGAAGCUACGACUAGUAUUGCUAUUGUCCCCGAACAGCCAACCGAGGAGGAGGCCGCUGAUCUCAAGAUAACAAUCACUGAAGAAGUGGCACCAUCUCCAGAACUUGUCCAAGAAAUUGAAGAAAUUGAAAUCAUAGAGGAACCACAGGCUCCAGAAGAAAAACCUGAUGACUUCAGUUUCGUAGUUAAGGAAUCCGAAAAAGAGCGCACAGUAGAAGAGCUGCCUGAGGAACAGUUCACCAUCCAGAAGAAGAAAAAGAAGGCUCCAGUUGCCGAGGUUGUCGAAGAACCCGAAGCUGAAUUCUCGAUUAAGCCGAAGCAGCCUGUACAAGAAGUUUCUGAGGAAGCCAAGAUUAAGAAGAAGUCUAAGAAACCAGUGAAGGAAGAGGAAGCAGCUGCCGAGCUUAAAGUUACUCUGACUGAGGAAGUUCCCGCAGAACCAGAAGUCCAAAUUAUUGAGGAAAUCGAAGAAGUCGUCGAAGAAAAGCCAACUGAGUAUACGAUUGGCGUUAAGGAAACUCAGCCAGAAGCUCCUGAGGAGCAGGAAGUAACCUUACCCAAGAAGAAGCCAGAGCCUGCUUCAGUGGUUGAAGAGCCAGAGGCCGAAGUUACUUUGAAGCCGAAGCCAAAGGUUGAAGAAGUUCAGGAAGAAGCCAAGAUCGUGAAGAAGAAACCAAAGAAGCCUGUCGAGGAAGUACAAGCCGAAGAGCUAACAGUCAAGGUGGAAGAAGAAAUAAUUCCUGAGCCGAUAGUGGAGGAAGAGGUGAUUGAAGAAGUCCAGUUUGAAAAGCGAUCAGAAAAGCCUGAGCCGGAGGACAUUGUCGAUGCUGCGGUUGUGAAACUCAAGAAACCGGAGCCCGUAGAGGCAGAAGAAGUGGUGGCCGAAGUCACUCUGAAGCCGAAGGCGCCGAAGGAAGUUACAGAAGAAGAAUUCUCUGUUGAUGUAAAGCUUCCGAAGGAAAAGAAGGUUACCGAGGAAACUUCUGACCAAACUGUACAGCUCAAGAAAAAGAAAAAGCCACAGAAGGCUGCUGAGGAGGCUGCUGACGAGCUUGUGCUAAAGCAGACUGUUGUUGAAGAAAGGCCAGUCGAAAUUGAAGAAGAAGAGAUCGUUGAAGAAGCAGUCGUCAUUCGCAAGAAGCCGAAGAAGCCCUUCGAGCCAACGGUUGAAGAUCUCGAAGAAACAGAGUUCAGUCUAUCCUUUAAAAAGCCUCACACUAUUAAUGAGGGCGUUGAGGAGGCCGCAACUGUUCUGAAGAAACGGCCAGUAAAACCGACAACUGUGGAUGAAGCUGCUGCUGAACUUUCUAUCCAGCGCCUAGAAGAGGAAUACGAAGAGGGUGACGACGUUGAAGAGUUCGUCGUUAGUCAGCGAAGAAAGCCUAAGCCUCUGCAGAUCACAGACGAGGGUGAGGAGGCCUACACGGUGAAAAAACUGAAGCACCGUAAGAAGGUAGACAUUCCCGAAUACGCUGACGUUGAAAACGUGACAUUCCGUGCCAAAUCAACCAAGACCAAAGAAGACAUCGACCAGGAAUUCAACAUUGCCCUGGAUUCGUAUGCCGAGGAGGAGAUAUCCAUGUCCGGAAAAGUAAAGCUUAAGAAACCCGUCAAGAAGACCUUCUCUGAAGCAGCCGAUGAGGCCAAGAUCAAGAUCAUGCAAGACUACGAUGAUGGUGAAGAGGCCAUUGUCGAAAUUCGCGACGAUGAGGACACUAUCGAUGAAGUCGAUGAACCCGAAGAAUACUUUAUUGAGGAACUACCGCCAGAUGAAGUGGACUUCAAGCUGAAGCCAAAGAAACAGCCCAAGCCAGCCUACUCCAUUCAGGAUGAGGAGGAAGAACAGUUCCUGAUUGGUAUCAGACAUCCUAAACGCGAUUCGGUAACCUACGAUGAGGACUCCCUCACCUUCAAGAAGAAACGUAAAGUUAUUCAACAACUUUUCAACGAAGAUGGAGCUUCCCUCAAUAUUACCAGAGAAAUGGAUGUUGAAGAAUCCGAAAAUGCGAAUGUUAUGUAUUCCAUCUGCAACUACAUUGCCGACAACGAUGAGGCCAUAAACCUUGUCGAGGGUGAGAAGGUAACAGUGGUUGGACGCCACAGCUCUGAGUGGUGGUAUGUCAAGAAGAGCAUUACGGAGGAGGAAGGCUGGGUUCCAGCUCAAUAUCUGAUGGAGCCCGAGGAAUAUGCGCAGUACGUGCAGAACAAAUUGCACGAGAAAAUCGACAAGCUGCCUGUGUUUGAACGUCCUGGACCGGAAGACAAACCCAUUGCCCCGAGAUUUAUUGAGAAACUUCAGCCGAUUCAUACUCCUGAUGGCUACACGGUACAGUUCGAAUGCAAGGUGGAAGGCAACCCACGACCACAGAUUGCCUGGUUCCGUGAAACUGCUAUUAUUAAGCCCUCACAGGACUUCCAAAUGUUCUAUGAUGAUGACAAUGUGGCUACUUUGAUCAUUCGCGAGGUGUUCCCCGAGGACGCCGGCCAGUUCACAGUUGUGGCCAAGAACGCUGCCGGAUUCACAUCCAGCACGACGGAACUGAUUGUGGAGAGUCCACUGUCCGAUCACGGCUCCGAUGCCACAGCCCUAUCACGUCGCAGCAUGUCCCGUGAAUCGUCGCUGGCUGACAUUUUGGAGGGCAUUCCACCGACAUUCUCCAAAAAACCAAAGGCUCAGUAUGUUGACGAGAAUACGAAUGUGAUUCUCGAGUGCAGACUGGUGGCCGUACCAGAACCGGAUAUUGUCUGGACCUUCAAUGGCGAGGAUAUUGACGAGGAGGAGAUCAAGAACGUUCGCAUCGUUACCGAAUCGGACAUGCACAUGUACUGCAGUGUGGUGCACAUCACCAAGGUGAAGAAAUCACAGGAAGGCACCUACGAGGUAAUUGCCACCAAUCGUGAGGGCGAGGCACGCCUGCCCAUCACUCUGAAGGUGCGAACAGCCGAUAAGGAAGCCCCGCAAAUCCUGGAGCCCUUGCGCAACAUGGUCAUCCGCGAAGGCGAAAGUGUGGUGCUUUCCACCCAGAUUGUGGGCAAUCCACCUCCUAAGGUAACCUGGUUCAAGGAUGGCAAGCCCGUUAAGAAUGCCAAGUCCGACAAGGAUUUGCAUACGCUUACACUGAUCACACCUAAAAAGUCUGAGAAGGGUGAAUACACGGUCAAGGCCGUCAAUCCAUUGGGCAGUGUAGAGACCACUGCAAAUCUAACAAUCGAAGAGCCCACAAGCGGCAAUGCGGAGCCACCACUCUUCGUGGAACGCUUUGAGGAGCAGAAUGUUCCACAGAAGGGCGAGAUCCACUUGCCUGCCAAGGUUUCCGGAAAUCCGGUGCCAGAGGUUCAAUGGUUGUUCAACAACGCUCCAUUGUUCCCCAGCGAGCGCAUUCAGCAGGUUUAUGAUGGCGAGAACAUCGAGCUCAUCAUCAAGGAUGCCAAUCCAGAAACCGAUUCGGGUGACUACAAGUGUAUUGCCAGUAACCCUGUGGGCAAAACGUCGCAUGGUGCCCGUGUAAUUGUGGAGGUUGAUGAAGUUACCUUCACUAAGAAACUUAAGAAGACCAUCACCAUCGAAGAGGUACAAUCUCUUACACUGGAGUGCGAGACCUCUCACGUGGUCUCCACCAAAUGGUUCUUCAAUGGCAAGGAACUCAGCGGCAUGGAUCAUCGUGUUGUGGUUGAAGACGGAAAAACUCAUAAGUUGGUAAUCAGAAAUACGAACCUACGUGACUCAGGAUCCUAUACAUGCAAGGUUAAAAAGCAAGAAACUCAAUCGACUGUCGAGGUUCUGCAGCGUAAGCCUGACUUUAUCAAGGUCUUGGAGGAUUACGAAGUAACCGAGAAGGAUACUGCCAUUUUGGACGUCGAACUUACGACCGAGUCCACCGAAGUUACCUGGUUUAAGGACGGUGAGAAGAUUACCCCAGAAAAUAAGAGCGUCGAGUUCAUUAAGGAUGGCAAGGCACGUCGUCUCGUUAUCCGCAAUACCACCAUCCACGAUGAGGGUACGUACACGUGCAAGAUUGAGGGACAGGAGUGCAGUUGUGAACUGGUUGUCAUCGAGCUGCCUCCGGAGAUCGUUGAGCCGCUGAAGGACAUUUCGGUGACAAAGGGUGAGAACGCCGUUUUCGAGGUUGAACUUAGCAAGGGAGAUGCCUUGGUCAAAUGGUUCAAGAACGGCAAGGAGAUUGUGUUCAAUGAACGUAUUCAGUUGUCCAUCGAUGGCAAGAAGCAAUCUUUGCGUAUUGUUAAGGCCAAGCCAGAAGAUGCAGGUGAAUACUCCGUCCAGGUGGGUGAUCAUACAUCCAAGGGCAAGCUGACUGUAGAAGAACCACUUGUGGACUUUGUCAUCCGGUUGCCGGAUGUUACAUUGGCUACCAAGACUACGGAUGCCGAGUUUACAGUGCAGCUAUCGCAGCCCGAUGUUGAGGUUACCUGGUGCAAGAAGGGCAAGCCAAUCAAGCCUAACAAGAAACAUGAGGUCUUCGUCGAGGGAACUGUUCGACGACUGGUCAUCCACGAUGCCAGCGAUGAAGAUGCUGGUGAGAUCAGCUGUGUGGCCGAGAACGUCACUAGCAGCACUAAGCUGUGCGUCGAGGAGCUCAAGCUGCCACCCGUCAUUACAUCUGACAAGGAUCAAACCAUCAAGGUUAAGGAGAACGACGAUGCCACCUUCACUGUCAAGUACACGGGCGUACCAACGCCCGAGGCUGUUUGGACCAUGCGCAAGGUUGUCAUACCCAAGUCAAAGCGGACAAUCCCGGCCAUCGAUGAGCAGUCAGCCACGCUAACUAUCAAAAAGGUUGUCGACGAUGACGAGGGCGAGUACACCGUUAAGCUCGUUAACCCGGUGGGCGAGGCGGAGGCCAGCCUACAUUUAGUCAUUAUGCGCAAGCCAACGGCACCUGGCACUCCCCAACCCUUGGAGAUAAUGCACGACUCCAUUACGCUCUACUGGAAGGCGCCAGAGGACGAUGGCAAGUCGGAAAUUAUCGAGUACAUUCUGGAGUAUCACGAUGUUAAGGAAGAAAAAUGGACUGAAAUUAGAAAGAUCAAGGACACUACGUAUACCAUAAGUAAGCUGAAAAUCGAUACGGAGUAUGUGUUCCGUUCGAUAGCAGUUAACGAAGUUGGACCAUCGCCGCCCUCGCCUCUAUCGCCACCCAUUCGACUGGUCCCCAAGGUUGAGACCGAGGCACCCAGCGUACGGGAACCACUGCAGGAUGUGGUCAGCGAACUGGAAAAGGAGGUGACGCUGUCCUGCGUGUUCGGCGGCAUUCCAGAGCCAAAGGUGACGUGGAAGAAGAACGGCCAGGUGUUUGAGUCGAGCAGCAUUCGCUACGAGAACCGCGUGGCCAAGUACACAAUUGAAAAGACAACCAUUGAGACUGAAGCCACCUACACGUGCGUGGCAACCAAUGAGAAGGGCUCCGUGGAGACCUCGUGCCGCCUGAAGCUGCAGCAGAAGCCCAUCCUCGAGGUGGAGGACAAGUAUUUAACCCAGAAACUGCGCACGGGCAGCACUCUCAUCAUUCCAGCGACGGUCAGCGGCUAUCCACAGCCUACUGUGACCUGGCACAAGGAGCAGGUCGAGCAGAAGACCACGAAAACGGUCACCAUUGAGACCACAGAGACUACUUCAACCUACACCGUUAAGAAGGUGACCCGCGAACAAGCCGGAAAGUACAACGUGACGGCCACCAACGAAUCCGGCUCUACGUACGUUGAAUGCACGGUUCAGGUGAUCGAUAAGCCCAGCAGGCCUCAGUCUCUGGAGAUCAAGGACAUUAAGAAGGACUCGAUCACCCUGGAGUGGACGCCUCCAAUUGAUGACGGUGGUCUGGAGAUUAACAAGUACACAUUGGAGAAGUGCGAUGUCCAAAACAAUGUUUGGAUGAAGGUCUCCGACUUUGACAAAGACAUUAAAUCGUAUGCAGUUCAAAAACUAUCCAUGAAUGCGCAAUACAUGUUCCGUGUGGUGGCCGCUAAUCCCAUUGGCGAGUCUGAGCCAACGGAAAGUGAUCCCGUAACUAUAACUAAGAAGUUCGAAAAACCAUCGCCACCACGUGGUCCUACCACUGUGUCUGGCAUGAACGAUACUUCCUUCAACUUGGCAUGGGAGCCAUCCGAAACCGAUGGCGGCUCAAAGAUCAUUGAGUACAUUGUGGAGAUAAGGGAAGAGACUGAAACUAUAUACCGAUCGGUGGGUGUAUCUCUAGGCACUGUCACCAACAUCCAUGUCGAGAAGGUGGUCAGAAACAAGGGCUAUCUGUUCCGCAUCUAUGCGAGAAACGAGGUUGGCACCAGCGAGGCGUUCGAGACCACGGAGAAGAUUGUCGUGGGACGCAAGAUAACGCCGCCAUCGCCACCUCAGAACUUGAGGGCGCCGGAUGUCACCAGCCGAAGUGUUACUUUGGAUUGGGAGGUGCCAGCCCGCAAUGGUGGAUCAGAAAUCACGGGUUAUUGUGUGGAGAAACGCUCCUCAACAUCUACAACCUGGACUAAGGUCAUUACACUGGAUGCUCACCAGCUGCACUACACGAUUGACAAUCUGAAGGAGAAGUGCGAGUACUGGUUCCGUGUGUCUUCGGAGAAUGAGGUUGGACUAGGUGCACCAGCCGUCACCGAGAGCAUAUCGCUCAAGACACAUGCCACCGUACCCUCACCACCGACCGCUCCACUGGAGGCGCGCGUUCUUGCCGCCAAUGCCCACAUAUUCGAAUGGGGUAUACCCGAGUCAGAUGGAGGUGCGCCUCUGCUCGGCUACCACAUUGCUAUACGGGACAUGAAGAAGACCAUGUGGAUCGAGGUGGGUCGUGUGCCAGCUGGCGUUCAGAAAUUCCAGAUUAGAGAUCUGCAGGAGAACCACGAAUACAUGAUUCGCAUAUUCGCGAAGAACGAGAUUGGUCUGAGUGAACCUCUGGAAUCGGAGGAGCCCUACAAGGUCAUGACUGCUGGUCAUGAAAGCCUGCCGGACGAGCCGCGCACGGAGAUGAGUUCGUGCAACACCUCCUCGUGGCUGCGUGACCACAACAUGGAUGCGGAUAUCCAUUCGUAUGCCCGCGGCAGGCUGCUACAACGCGACGAGUACUUCUUCCGGCUGUGGGCGGAAAUACCCAAGAGCAAAAAGAAGAAGAGCUCCAAAUAGUCGGUGAACGACAACGAAAUAAGAAACACUUUAGUCAUAGAUUAAGCAUAUUUCAAUUGUAUUUUAUAUAACAAAAGGCAAGGGGGAAAACCCCUUUGAUUUUCUAGCUUUUUUGUACUUUAGUAGAGAUGACGAUAUGUAAGGAUGGUGUAAUGUUAAUUGCAUCCCAUUGUUAGCGAUGCCCACGUCCCCCGGUCAAAGAGUGCGAGCGAAGAAUAAACUUGAUGCUCGGGCGCGUGGGCGUGGCUCAAUGCUACGGAUGGCCAUUACAUCAUCCCAUUAAUGGACAUAAUUUUAAAUUUUUCAUUUGCAUAGAGUUCCUUUUUGGUUUUAUUGUUUUACUUUUCGCCUUAUUUUUGUAAGCUGUGAUAAAUCUAUCAAAAUCGAAAGCGUCAAACGAAGCAACUAAAAAUGAAACAGAAUAAAAAUGCCACCAAGCGGCGAUCCAUCGGCAUCGGGCAACGGGAGCCAACGAGCCGCAGCCCUCCAACACCCAAUGCCAUCCCAAUCCCAGCCAGCGUAACUCAAUAUCCUCUAGGGAGACAAAACAACAAAUGGUGCAAUUCGAUAUGAGUUAUUUCUGGGGAGUGUGUUGCGAGUCGCUGGCUGCCGUUGCCUUUGUCCUGGAUUCGCCCUGGUUGAAAUUUAUGGCAUAGGAAUAUGAGGGAGUUCAUACUCGUGUGUCUUUAAAGUUACCAAAGCUAAAUAAAUAAAUUAAAUAAAAAAUAACAAUGCAUUUUUACUGAGCUACGAUUC